GCCAGGCGGCGCGAUGAGGCUUCUCGCGGGGCCGGCGCUUCCCUUCUCCCCGCCGGGGCUGCUGCUGCUUCUGCUGGCGCUGCUGGCGGCGGCCGCGACGAGGAUGGCGGCGGCGGCGCUGGCCAAGGAGACGGCCUUCGUGGAGGUGGUGCUCUUCGAGUCCAGCCCCGGCGGCGACUACACCACCUACACCACGGGGCUGCAGGGCCGCUUCUCCCGCGCCGGGGCCACGCUCAGCGCCGAGGGCGAGAUCGUGCAGGUGAGCCCGCCGCCGGCCGCGGAAAGGGGGCUCCGGGCAGGCCGCGCUGGGCGAGAGGCGGCGGCCCUCCCGUGGCCUUCCCGCGCGGGGAGGGGCCUCUGAGCAUCUGCAGAGUGCCUGGUCCGGGCGGGCGCGGGGCUCGGGAAGGGGGCAGAGGGCUGCCGGCGGGGCUCCUGGGCUAGUCCUCCGGGGCUCCGGCCCCCCGGUCGCCCUGCGACGGAGAAGCGGCGGGCGCCGCGGAGGGGGCGGCAGGGCUUGGGCAGGUGCUGCAGGAUCCUGGCGGUCGGCUGCUGCGCCCCGUCGCCUUGGCCUGCGAGCCGAGGGUGCUGCGCGGGACGCCUGGCGGGUGGCGGGGGGUACUUGCUAAGUUGGGGGGGGCAUCCCAAACCCGCCUCGGAGCAGGGCGAAGAGGAAGGGGCUUUGCUGGGUGGACGGAGGCGCCCCAAGCAAGGUGGCUUUGGCUCUCGGCCUGAAUCCCAUAAGCAUCCAGCGCCUGCGUGUUUUAAUGAAAAAUGCCUCAUUUCUCCCGUUAGUUUCUAAACAAGCUUUAGUCCUAACCUGCUAAACAGAGAGGCUUUGUCUCCCAAAUCGAAGUGCCCGGCAAGAAUUAUUUUGUCCAGGAUGCCCUCCCCAAGCCAGUGCCCGCCAGAUGUUUUGGACUUUAGCUCCCAUCAGCCUCUGUUGGAGGUUGUAGUCCAAACAUGUAGAAGGCUGUUUUACUGAAAAGCGCAACAGCAGCUCAGGUGUCAAAAGCGUACAUGUUUCUAACUUUGCGGUUAAUGAAGUCCAGCCAGUAGUGGCCCUGUUUUGGAGAGGGGGGAACCUGCCCCCCGGAAUCUGGCCAGCCUGCAGAGAAGGAGUCUGUCUCAUCCCGUCCUCUGCAAGCUGCUGGUGCUGUAGUGAAUGCUGCCAAGGGCCUUGUCAAGCAGCUACAUAGGACUGAAAGUGUUGUGAGAAACUCGCAUCUCUCUUAGCAGCUCUUGAAGGAAUUGUGGGCACCUGCUCAGACGCGUCACGCAUGUUGGACCUCUGCAGAAGUUCCCUUAGACAUAGGAGGCCCUUGUUCAGCCAUGUAGCUCUUCCGGCAAGGAAAAGGCAGGGGAAGCAUCCAUCUCCCAGGGCUGGGUCCCAAACUGGCUUUUGUUGUACUAAGGCAGGCAUCCCCAAACUUGGCCCUCCAGCUGUUUUGGAACUACAGUUCCCAUCAUCCCUGACCACUGGUCCUGUUAGCUAGGGAUGAAGGGGCUUGUAGUGCCAAAACAUCUUGAGGGCCAAGUUUGGGGAUGCCUGUACUAAGGGCCCCUCCAGACACUGUUUUAUGGUAGGUGUAUCUUGCAAUGUGUUACUGAUGUUAGUGGUGGGUUUAUUCUGCUUUCUUAGUUGCUCUGUACUGCUCUGCAGUAAUGAAAACCUUCACAGAACAACAUGAAGCAGUAUUUAGAAUUAUAAAGCCACCUCAAAGGUCGCCCUGCGGAUGAAAAAACACACGACUCCUGUCUCUCUGCUUCAAACCCUAACAAAUGAGUUUUUUUGAAUUUAGGCUCCCCUGUGGGUUUUCAUUUGCAUCUUAACUCUUUCUUCCUUUCCUCAGUUUAAGUGUCCCACUCACAGAAGCUGCUGCUAUUACUUCUGGGCAGGCCGCUUGGGCACAACAGAUGCUAUAUCUGUCAUUUCCCCACACCCCCUUGAUAGGAUUGAGAGUUUCUGAGGGUUGGGAGUGUAGAUUGGGGAAAGUUCCUGAUCUUGAUGUUCAAUACAGCUGUGUGAGGAUACAUUAGCUGAGCUUCAUUGAAGUGUAAAAACGGAUCAGUACAUAACUAUGGGCAUCAUUAAUGCAAAGCCUUGUUCUUAACCACUCAGUGUGCAAUCCAGUGCAUCUGAACUCUGAAGUCAGUCCCAUUCAGUUACAUUCUAGUUUGAGUGUCCAUGUCUAAAUAAUUCUAGCCAGCUGUGUUGAAGGAGCACAAUAAAGGUAAAGGGACCCCUGACCAUUAGGUCCAGUCGUGACCGACUCUGGGGUUGCAGCGCUCAUCUCACUUUAUUGGCCGAUGGAGCCGGCGUACAGCUUCCGGGUCAUGUGGCCAGCAUGAUUAAGCCGCUUCUGGCGAGCCAGAGCAGCGCACGGAAACGCCAUUUCGCUGGAGCGGUACCUAUUUAUCUACUUGCACUGGUGUGCUUUCGAACUGCUAGGUUGGCAGGAGCAGGGACCAAGCAACGGGAGCUCACCCCAUCGUGGGGAUUCGAACCGCUGACCUUCUGAUCGGCAAGUCCAAGGCUCUGGUUUAACCCACAGCGCCACCCGCGUCCCUGCCACAUUAUUGGGGUCUGAAUAGGCUAUAGCACAAGAAAAGUGGGACAAAAAUAAACCAGAACAUUUGCAGCAGAGUGGCUGCCUUGAACCUUUUAUAGGUGCAGCCAGCUUUGAAAGUGGGGCAGCAUAUGACUGCCCCAAUAGCACAGAUAAUCAUGAAUGUGCAAUAAAAAGCAAUGGAGGAGGGUUGUCUUCCAGGUGGGCCCAAAAUGUCAUCUUUUCUUCUCGCUGCUGAAGCUUGAGUGAGAUGAGUGCAGCUGCCUGCCUGAGGUGUCUUACUCACUCCUCCUGUAUGUGUCAAAGGAAACCCUUGACUCUUCCUGGCAGGCAGGCAGGCAAGUGGCGAGGAAAUGAUGCUGGGCAGCACGGCUGUGCAAGUGACAAGGGGGCUGGGUGUGGCCCCUGGUUUUGGCAGCUCUUUGGGCUGCAUGGAGCGUCUGCUUCCCCCACAGUGUACACUUCUUCCAGUUUUGAGGCUAGGUUCUUGGCGGGGAAGCCUUGGCCAUCUGUGAGGGGGGCGGGAGUUCACCUGCUCAGCCUGAAUUGCAGCCUGUGGCGUGGUGUGUGAAGCACCUUAGGAGUCCUGGCACAGAGCAUGUUGACUGUGCAAGUGGCAGAGUGCAGAAUUGCUGCUCUGGGGGGAUGUCUGUGCUUCUUGGGUCAGACCAGUUACUUCCAGGGUUUGUCAUUGGUGUGCCUCAGAUGUGGGUUGUGCAUAUCUGAAGAGGAGGAUAAACCAUGGCGGCGAAACCUUUAAGCUUCUUGCAACUCCCAGGUUGAUACUUUUGUUUUAGGAAUCUGUUUUCAAGCAAUUAUUUAGAAAUGUUGGUGCAACCUCCUUCAAUGCUGCCUUAGUUUGCCAUUUGCAAGUCUUGAUCACAGGCUGCUAUGGCAGUAUAUGAGGAUUGUUGCCUGUUGGAUGACAGCUGGGGAGCCUCUGAUGUGGAAACCUCUGUGCCCUGUUUUUCUGCACACUGAUGGUUGGUCCUGCAAAGUUCGGCAUAGCACCUCUAUGCUCAGUAGCCCUUGAGCUGGUCUUUUCCUGUUCCGCUGGGAAUCCUGCAGCUUAAGUUUGGCUUACAAGAGCAGUUAAGUGUGAGUGAGGUCUACCAGUAUUGACAUAAGAAUGGUGAAAAAGAUGCUCCUGAAGAGCUAGAUCCUCUCUUGGGUGCAGAGUUGGGCAUUCUGCCACAGUGUGGCUUUGUCAAAGGUGAUGCCUUACUCAGAGGCCAGUGCUGGAAAACAGGGGCUCAGCUGCAGAGUGCUGCCUAUGUUUCUAGUCCUGCAGCAGACGUUGGGGCUGGCUGGACUUGAUGCUUUGUUUUGGAGAGAGGGAACCAACUGACUGGCCUACCUGGUUGAGUGGCCUACCUGCAGAUGUCUGUGGCUUUGCAUGCCAGGAUGCCUGUACACUCCAGGUCUUUCUGUCUCGCUUUUAACUGGAAAAAGGAAGUGAUACUUUGAUGUUGGCACUGUUGGUGCUGCAUUUCUGAUGAUCAGCAAAUCUACGAGCUGCUCCUCUUGGGACCAGCCAUGGCUUGGUCUAGGGGUGGCCCUUACAGCCAGAGCAGCAGAGGAAGAAAGCAUAAGGGGGAGAUUCUUUACCAGCCUCUUGGUUCAUUGAACUGGACUUAUAAACUCCCAAAGCUGGCCCAUUGCUUUUUUCAUCCAGUCCCUCCGCCACCAUCAGGCAAAAAGAGGAGAGCUGCAGUGUGGGAAGAAGAGGGUGUGAUAAAUGGUUGAAGAGGGUGAGCUGGUUUGACCACCUGGCCUCCUGAAUUGCAUUUACGGUACCAGUCUGACCUCAGCGCUUGCCUUUUUGGUUUAUCCAGGUUGAAAGGAAUAGGCACCUGCGAACUGAACUCUCUCUUCAUUUUCAUCCUUCUGGACCGUCUAGAGGGGCUGGGGGCACUGUCAUACAGUGGUUCCGCUCCUUCCUCCUGGGCCGUGUUCAGAAAGUGGUUGGGGGGGAAUGAGUGUUCAGACCCCUGGGCUCUCACAUGUGGGGUGCCUCAGGGUUCUGUCCUCUCCUCCAUGCUUUUCAACAUUUACAUGCAGCCGCUGGGAGAGAUCAUCAGGGGGUUUGGGCUGGGUGUUCAUCAGUAUGCGGAUGAUACCCAGCUCUACCUCUCUUUUAAAUCAGAACCAGUGAAGGCGGUGAAGGUCCUGUGUGAGUGUCUGGAGGCGGUUGGAGGAUGGAUGGCGGCUAACAGAUUGAGGUUGAAUCCUGACAAGACAGAAGUACUGUUUUUGGGGGACAGGAGGCGGGCAGGUGUGGAGGAUUCUCUGGUCCUGAAUGGGGUAACUGUGCCCCUGAAGGACCAGGUGCGCAGCCUGGGAGUCAUUUUGGACUCACAGCUGUCCAUGGAGGCACAGGUCAAAUCUGUGUCCAGGGCAGCUGUUUACCAGCUCCAUCUGGUACGUGGGCUGAGACCCUAUCUGCCUGCGGACUGUCUUGCCAGAGUGGUGCAUGCUCUGGUUAUCUCCCGCUUGGACUACUGCAAUGCGCUCUACGUGGGGCUACCUUUGAAGGUGACUCGGAAACUACAACUAAUCCAGAAUGCGGCAGCUAGACUGGUGACUGGGAGCAGCUGCGGAGACCAUAUAACACCGGUCUUGAAAGACCUACAUUGGCUCCCAGUACGUUUCCGAGCACAAUUCAAAGUGCUGGUGUUGACCUUUAAAGCCCUAAACGGCCUCGGCCCAGUAUACCUGAAGGAGCGUCUCCACCCCCAUCGUUCUGCCCGGACGCUGAGGUCCAGCGCCGAGGGCCUUCUGGCGGUUCCCUCAUUGCGAGAAGCAAAGCUACAGGGAACCAGGCAGAGGGCUUCUCGGUAGUGGAACGCCCUUCCAGCAGAUGUCAAAGCGAUAAACAACUACCUGACAUUCAGAAGACAUCUUAAGGCAGCCCUGUUCAGGGAAGUUUUUAACGUGUGAUAUUUUAGUGUAUUUUUGGUUUCUAUGGAAGCCGCCCAGAGUGGCUGGGGAGGCCCAGCCAGAUGGGCGGGGUAAUAAUAAUAAUAAUAAUAAUAAUAAUAAUAAUAUGUAUUAUAUUAAUAUAAUUAUAUAAUAUUAUACAAUUAUAUUAAUAGAAUAAUAAUAAUAAAAAAUUAUUGUUAUUAUUAUUAUUAUUAUUAUUAUUAUUAUUAUUAUUAUGUGGCGGCUCUUGAGGUCUGGUGGUGGAACAGAUUCUUGGUCUCUGCUUUGCAGUGACAUCCAUCCCUUGUGUCUCCAGAUGCACCUUCCCAGGACAGCCAUGGCUUCCUGCUUUGAUAGGGGGUCCUGCAGCGCUGCAGCUACGUGGCUGAGAGGCCAUACGGCUGCUGUGGCUGCUUCACAUUCUGACUUGGAAGGGGCCUGCUGGAGCCUGGAAAAUUGCUAGUGCCUCCUCCUCUGCGAAGCCCUGAGGCUGCCUUGAAAGAGUUAAGUUUCUAAAAACUUGCGUAUAAGCUAUUUAAUAUCCUUAUUAAAACUCAUCUGCUGGUGGUGAAAUUCUUUUUCCACUUUCCUUUUUUCCUUUUGGUGAAUGCAGCUUCUUGGGGCGCUGAUCCUCUCUCUGCCUCAGAUCAGAGGCUCGCAUGUUGCAGCCGGCAGUGCUAGAGGCUAGUUCCUAUCUGUGUGACAGCAUUUUUAAUUUAACAGGACCGGCUUUGAUCUUGCAUAUUUAUAGGCAGCUUCAGAUCACUCCAGCUUGCACUUCUUUAUACUGAAACUGAAGUUCUUCCUUUCAUCUUGUAUCCUUUGUGGACGUGCUGUUUAUUUUGGGCACUGUGGAAAAUGGGAAGGGGGGGAGGAAUAAAAUGAGGCAAGAGGCCUCUUGGGAGCUGCAGCCCCCUCCCCUCCCUGCCUGCAAGUGGAACUGUAGUCCUGUGUGAACACCAUGUUGCUGGUUAGCCUGAUCUGAGUUGUACCAACUUCAGUGCUUGAAGCUGGUCCAACAUUUUGCUGGCCACUCCCCAAGUCAGAACGACUCAGGGUGAACCCGAAGCAAGGCAGGGGGGUGGAGCGGGUGGGAGGAGGGCUGAGGGUGUUUGUGUGAGGGGAGUUGGAUGCCUGAACAUUGGGGGAAUCCCAGGGAGGGCCAGCCCUAGCAACACCACAGGAGAAGUGCUGAUGGUGCUGGAAACUGCCCCAGCUAAAGGAGAGGGAGAGACAUGCCCCCUCCAUAUGAGUCUCUCUUUAGAAAAGGUAUCUAAGAAGUUUAAUCAAACUAAACUAAUUGCCAAGUCUAGAAAGAAAGGCAAGUAAAGGGGAGAGACAGGAUUGUUGUUGUUGUUGUUUAGUCGUUUAGUCAUGUCCGACUCUUCGUGACCCCCUGGACCAGAGCACGCCAGGCACUCCUGUCUUCCACUGUCUCCCGCAGUUGGUCAGACUCAUGCUGGUAGCUUCGAGAACACUGUACAACCAUCUCGUCCUCCGUCGUCCCCUUCUCCUUGUGCCCUCCAUCUUUCCCAACAUCAGGGUCUUUUCCAGGGAGUCUUCUCUUCUCCUGAGGUGGCCAAAGUCUUGGAGCCUCAGCUUCUGGAUCUGUCCUUCCAGUGAGCACUCAGGGCUGAUUUCCUUCAGAAUGGAGAGGUUUGAUCUUCUUGCAGUCCAUGGGACUCUCAAGAGUCUCCUCCAGCACCAGAAUUUAAAAGCAUCAGUUCGUCGGCGACCAGCCUUCUUAAUGGUCCAGCUCUCACUUCCAUACAUCACUACUGGGGAAAACAUAGCUUGAACUAUACGGACCUUUGUCGGCAAGGUGAUGUCUCUGCUUUCUAAGAUGCUGUCUAGGUUUCCCAUCGCCUUUCUCCCAAGAAGCAGGCGUCUUUUAGUUUCGUGGCUGCUGUCACCAUCUGCAGUGAUCAUGGAGCCCAAGAAAGUAAAAUCUCUCACUGCCUCCAUUUCUUCCCUUUCUAUUUGCCAGGAGGUGAUGGGACCAGUGCCCAUGAGCCUCAUUUUUUUGAUGUUGAGCUUCAAACCAUAUUUUGCGCUCUCCUCUUUCAUCCUCAUUAGAAGGUUUUUCAUUCCUCCUCACUUUCUGCCAUUAAGGUUGUGUCAUCUGCAUAUCUGAAGAGACAGGAUAGAGGGGUGUAAAAAAUUAUGCAAGCUUGAAGAAGCACCCCCCCCAGCCUGCCCUCUCUCAUCAUACUAGAACCCAGUGGGGUCAUCCAGUGAAGCCGGGAUAUUCCAGACAGACAAAGACAAGUAUUUGACUCCAUAUUUUCCUCACCUGGUGUCUCCCAGAAGCGUUGGACUACAGCGCCCAAAAACCCUGACCAUUUGCCAUGCUGGCUGGGGCCACCGGCAGUUAUAUUCCAAGACAUUUGGAGGUCAUCUGGUUGGGGCUGGCUGGCAUAGUUAAAUUAUUACUAUUAUUAAUUUCAUUUAUUAAUCACUUCCUUUGUUGUUGUUUAGUCGUUUAGUCGUGUCUGACUCUUUGCGACCCCAUGGACCAGAAUACGCCAGUCUUCCACUGCCUCCCGUAGUUUGGUCAAACUCAUGCUGGUAGCUUCGAGAACACUGUCCAACCAUCUCGUCCUCUGUCCUCCCCUGCUCCUUGUGCCCUCCAUCUUUCCCAACAUCAGGGUCUUUUCCAGGGAGUCUUCUCCUCAUGAGGUGGCCAAAGUAUUGGAGCCUCAGCUUCAGGAUCUGUCCUUCCAGUGAGCACUCAGGGCUGAUUUCCUUAAGAAUGGAUAGGUUUGAUCUUCUUGCAGUCCAUGGGACUCUCAAGAGUCUCCUCCAGCACCAUAAUUUAAAAGCAUCAGUUCGUCGGUGAUCAGCCUUCUUUAUGGUCCAGCUCUCACUUCCAUACAUCACUACUGGGAAAACCAUGGCUUUUAAGUAUAUGGACCUUUGUUGGCAAGGUGAUAUCUCUGCUUUUGAAGAUGCUGUCUAGGUUUGUCAUUGCUUUUCUCCCAAGAAGCAGGCGUCUAGUGUUCAAAACUCCCUUUGUCCUAGGUGCAUUUUGCGACAGGGAAUUUCAUUAGUGCAUGUAGUUUCUGAGCUCUGGGAGCAGUACUGCACUUAAGAUUUCAGAUUAAAACUGCAAAGUGGAAGGAAAGGAGGACCUUUUUCUGCUUCUCCACUUCCAGCUACUCUCUGAAGACUGGAGAAGAAACCCUCUUUAGAAUAUUAGGGGGGGCGGGCAGGGGAAAGACUAGACCAGGGGUCACCAUACUUUUUCAGCAGGGGGCCGGUCCACUGUCCCUCAAACCUUGUGGGGGGCCAGACUAUAUUUUGGGUGGGCAGAAAUGAACAAAUUCCUAUGCCACACAAAUAACCCAGAGAUGCAUUUUAAAUAAAAGGACACAUUCUACUCAAGUAAAAACAUGCUGAUUCCUGGACCGUCCGUGGGCCGGAUUUAGAAGGGAAUUGGGCCGGAUCAAGCCCCCAGGCCUUAGUUUGCCUACCCAUGGACUAGACCAUGUGAAAAAUGAACGUAAUAUUUUAGCUGCAAUUCAUUCAUUUUCAACUUUGAAUUCUUGUUAUAAAAAGCCAUUCCAUUGUUGCACCCAUAACCUAGUUUAAGGUGCAUUUAGCUCUUAGCUUUCCUAUCUCAGUUUCUAACACUGCUUCCUGUGUAGCACCACAAAGUGAUUUCACACACAAUAAAACAAUUGCAUAAAUAUAUAUAUUUUAAAAUACAGUUAGAUAUAUAAAAAACAGUUAGAACCAUUUCAAUGCCAGUAGCAGGUGGGAUAGAAAUCUCCACUUGGAAGGUUUCAACAGGCACCAGUCAGGCGAUGGAGAUGGUGUCUGCCUGAUUUGUAAUGGGAGGGAAUUCCAAAGCAUGGGUGCCACCACACUAGGGGCCCCGUGAUGCUGUACAGCAGAAGGGAGCUUCUGAGGAGAUGGUCUCUGCAGGAAUUUCUUGGCAUGAGACCAUCUUUCACUGUAUUGUAGGACUUUCCCCACCAGUACUCUAACACCUUCAACUUAGCCUAGCAGCUAAUUGGCAGCCAGUACAAUUCUUUGAGUUGACCAGCUGCAUUUUGCACUAGACCACAGAGUGCAUUGCAGUAAUCCAACCUGCAGGUCACCAGUGCAUAGACAACUGUGUUUAAUUAGGUUUUCCCAGUCUAGAAAUGACCCUAUCUAUCUUGCCACCUGAAGCUGGUCCUAGCCACUGAGUGAGGUCACCUGUGUCUCUUAUGAUGGACAUGGAUCUAGGGGCAUGCACAGACUGUGGAUCUCCUCUUAAGGGGGUGUAUGACUCCAAACAAAGCAGGCAACUGACCCAUCAUCUAGACUUUGGAACCUGCAGCACCUCCAUAUUGCAGGAUUCAGAGCUGGCUUCUUCGCCUUCAUUAAGUCCAGGCACUGUGGGAUUUUCUUCUGCAAAAUGUGGCACUGGCACCUACUUAGAGAGAAUUAGCUUUAUCUUCCAUGAAUUUGUUUAUCAGUGUUUUACUAGCCAUGAUGGCUGUAUCCUAUCUCCAGCAUAUCAGAGGCGGUGUGGCUCUCAAUACUUGUUGCUGGAAGAGGGUGCUGUUGUGAUCAGGCUCUGUUUGUAGGAUUCUCAGAGGUUAUUUGUUUGGCCACUGGAGAGCAGGAAGUUGGACCAGGUGAAUGUUUAGCCUGGUCCAGCAGCCAGGCUCUCAUGGAGGCAUUGGCAGUCCUGAUGCUGGGCUGGGGUGGUGGUGGUACAUAGUCCUCCUUACCUGCAGAAGGUGAUCUCCCUUUCCUCAGCCAGCUGCUGUUGCUGCUGUUGCUCCACCUCCAGGAGGGGCAAUUUCCCCUUUUACUUUAUUUUAUUUACAGUCUUUUCCACUCUUCAGUCAGCAGGUUCUCAGAGCAACCCAUGUUUGACUAAUUUACAAAAAAUACACUGAAACUCUUUCAGGCUGAUAGAUCUAAAAGUCCUAGGCAAAUAAAAAGAUCUUGACCACCAGGUCCCAACAGAAAACUGGUGUAGCAUGAGAGGAGCUUCCCAGGGGACAGAGCCCAAAGAUUGGUGGGCCCCUUCUCUAGUUCCUGUCUGCCCUGCUUCUGAUCUGAGAGAGACUUGGGAAAGGCCUUGGAGGCUGAUCUUGAUGCUCAGGGAAGUAGAGAAGGUCAUUCUAUAAGGGCACAAGUGUGUUCUACUGGUGAAGUGGAAAAUAAUUGUAAUUCUAAGAAAUUAGAAGGUAGCAGUGAAAGAGAGAGGACCUUCCCCAGAGGUGAAGCACGGGAGAUAGAAAACUGAGCUUUUGCAUUAGCAAUCCUGUCCAGAUUAGUCCUCCACACCAGGUAAGACAGUUGUGCUAAACUCACCUGUAAUGGAUUCACAAUUCACCUUGUAAUUCAGCAGCCUUGAUGUGCUCUAAAACAGCACUGACAAGUAGGAGGAAGGGCAAUGAUGAGGAAAACUCAGUACAGCUUGGCUUGGCAGGAAUGUUGCCUGGAUUCUCCAUAAUGUGUGAGCAAGUUGUGUCAGUAACAGGGGCGGGGACGGAGGGCUAUUGUGGCAGGCUCAUUUUGAGUUCUUGUGGAAUAACCAUGGUAUGGGCAGCCAAGAAUAAACACUGCAGUUAAAAACAGAGCAUAUCGCACAUAACCACUUUUAAUUUCCUGCUUUCCCUGACAUUUGAAGCCAAAUACCACUUCUGGAACAGCCAGGCUGUGUCUGACCAGAGAGCACUUCGAAAUGCGUGUAACUGGGAGUUGCAUUGAGGCUACUGAGAAUUGCAUGGAGAGUGAGGCCAGAGUGUCUGGUUGUGGAGGGAGUGGGCAGGAGGACCAGGGACCAGGAAAAGGCAUUGGGGCUGGGUGGGUGGGGGCGGUAUUAGGUUAGCAUGUGGAAUGUUAUAGCAGAACAUUAAGCCACAGCUGUGUAUGGAAAUCAGGCACAACACGAAUAGCCUGUGGACAACUCAAGGACAUGGAAAUUCCCUUGCCUUGCCUUUGCAGAAAAGGUGGCAGAGAGGCAGACAACGCUCUUCCCACCAUAGGUGUGCUGUGCUGUGGUCUUGGGUGGUUCAGCGGCCACCACUCCAGAUCACCCACUUGUUCCAUUCUUGUUCCGAUGAUGGUACAGUGGGACCUGGUCAUGCAACGGUGGCAGAUGCAGGCGUUGGGGACUGUCCUUGGAUACUGCAGAUGCCUUACUGAGAGCUUUGUGGGUGACUCCCCCCUUCUUUCUCUCUCUCUCUAUCCCCACAACUCUCUCUGUUCCCUAAGGGCAUUGAAGAUGCCUUUCAGGACUCUGCAAGUGGUCUUGUCGAGGCUUCUGAGAGCUGCUUUCGGUCCUAAUCCAAAUCGGAGCGCCUGAACCUGAGUCAAGGGUUUGUGAUGCUAAGGAAAUAUUUGCUCUCCUCCUAACUGGCUGCUGGUGACUUAUGAGUGGGCACACUUCUAGUAAACAGAUCCUUGGCUCCCAGUUUAGCCAGCAUUGGGUUGCGCUGCCUGGGAAGCUGAAGCAUCCUUUAUAGUAGAGUUUCAUUACUGCUCUGAUGAUACAAUUUGGAAUUUGAUCAUUGUAAGUUGACUCCCAGAAGAAAUGAGCCCUGCAGCAGCAGCAGCAGCAGCAGCAGCAGCAGUCUUGGCUGCCAGUUGCAGAGUCUUGGAUAUGUGUCAGAUGUCUCCUAAAAAGACAGACCCCUGGCCCAGAUUGAUGGGUGUUGUGCUGAGAGAUGCCCCUUAUCCUGAGCCAAGGAGGGGAAGGACAGGAGUGGUCAGGGCAUUCCCUUUCCUACUGACACUUUCUCUGCUGCAAGACAGAGAAGGGCAGCUACUGAGGACAGAUCAAGCAUGUCCUGACAGGCAGGUGAGCCUCCAAAAGCCACAGAGUUCAAGAUCCCUGGUCCUGGGUAGGAAUGCAGCACAUGCACACAUCAUUUUCUCUCUGGGGGAGUGCAACAGGCUUCCGCUUUCCUCAGCUGCCCACCUCCUCCUUUCUUCUGGGAGCUUUCACACAUGACCCAUUUUUUGUCUAAGUUGUGGGGGGAAAGAACAAGUUGGACAGCUGUGGGUGAAGGUCGUGUACAACUCCAUUUGAAGCCAUGUGCUGAUGUUGAUUCCUAAGAUGUGUACUCACAAAUAUGUGAUAUGGUGCCUGUAUUCCCCUCCUCUUACACCCUACACCAAUUAAGCUGUGUGUGUGAAGCCAUCCUAAUCAGAGAAGGCUAGGGAGACCCUCUUGCUAUGUCAUGAUGCCACCUCCUUGAAGAACCCGGAGCUCUAUGACCAUCCUCCCCUUUUUGUAUGCCACUAAGGUGCACCCAGGAGAAAUUCUGUGAGCAGUGCCAGUGCUCUGGGGCACUGCCCUAGGCACACUGGUUGAGCCCCUGCUGAGCAAAAGGGUGGUGAGGGCUGGAGGGGCAGCUGCCUGCUGUGUGGGUUGCCUCACCUAGAUGUUGCACUGACAGUCUGAGGACUAAAAGAAGCAGGACUCUGAUCCACUUUGGAAAGAAAGGUGUAGAAGAAAGCACAUGUGUAGUUGAAAGAGGGGCCCUUGCUAAACGGGGUGGGCUGUUCCAGGGCUGCCACCAGUAUCUGUGCAGGAGCAGGAAAGAAUGCAAGAAGAGAAGACAGUUGGCAUGUACUGGCUGUGCCUGGCCCUCCUGCUUUGGAGGAGGCUGUCAAUACUGGGUGCUAUUUGGAACAGCCAGUCCCUGCUAAGCUGGCCCCCGUGCAUGCGAAGUACAAAGCAUGUGAUUCCGGGUAAUAGGGAGGGAGUUGUUAUGUAUUUGUUGCAUUAGUAUUCUGCAACCUUCUGCUUGAUGUCUCCUUCCCUGCUCUUGGGUUGUGUGAACAGGCUCCUCUUAUAUCCGUGGACUUGGGAGCACACUGUUAACUCCCAGGAGGCUUCUGUGUCUUUGGAAUGCGAGCCUCUUCCUCUGGGUGGGGUCCUGGAGGGGUCUGCCUCUUGACUUGGCCUCAGACAUUUCCCUUUCCCCAGAGACUCCACACCUGCUUUUGGUGUACUGUGAUGAAAGCAUCUCUUCAAGCCACGUCUGCCACUCGGAUAAACAGAUCAUGGCUGAUUAAGUGCACACAUUGUUUAAACCAGUCAACUUAAUCUGCUCUGCAUAUGAGUUAAAGCACUAGUUCUGAAUUAAAGCACAACAUUUCUUGGUUUGGAAAUGAUUCUUGGGGCACCAUCCUAGCAGAGGCUGCUAGCCACCAGCAGGGACAGUUUUGCUGCCUAGUGGAUUAAAAAAAUGGUUUUAAUUGAUUGGCUCGAUUAAUGAACUACUGCAAACCCUUUGUCUUAUUUGAUUGCACAAUUACUUCUGAGGCUGCGUAGGGAUUAGACUGAUGCGGCCUGGAAGCUGAAGGCACUGGCGGCAGGCUCAGUGGGCCUCUUUCUCCUGGGUGGUGAAUGAGAGAGGGUGCCCUCUGUGUUGCAGGGGAACUGCAGUCCAGCAGCACUAGAAGAGGCCGCAGGCCUCCCUGCCCUGGCGGAUUCUGAGGGAAUCAAGGAGAACCAGAAAGAGCAAGGCUGAAGGGUCACGAGGAGAGGAGCAGCAGGGGCCAGCAGAGCAGGUGGAGGGAGGGGGACAAGGCUGGAGGCCACCAGAGGGUGGCUGUUGGGGCAGCUGUCACCACUUCAGAAAAAUGGUUAGCCACCUUGAGCUCCUUGGAGAAAAAGGUGGGAUAUAAACGCAAUGUACAAAUUAAUAAAAACUAAGCAUCCCUCUCCUCUCUGCAUGUCCCUUUCCUCCUACCAGGUAAGGUGUGGAAAGAGGUUAAGUUGUUCCUUUCUUCUUCCCCAUCUGCCAAGGCCCCAGUGACUAAAGCAAGACUUCCUUCUGAGUAAACUUCUUGCAAUUCCAUGCUGUCCAUAAACAGGCUGGUAACUUAUGCAACCUUGUAGGCAAUGUUGUGGCAGGAGCCCCCCCAGCCCCGCCUCCAACAAACCAUUUUUCUGAAGAGGUGAUAGCUGCCCCCUUGGCUCAUUAAAUCCCCACAACAUCCCCAUCAGAUGGGUUUGACUGAGGCUGUGACUGAACCAUGGUCCCCCAGUGAACUUCAUAGGGCCUUCUGGGGAUUUGAACCCUGAUCUCCUCCAUAUCCUAGACUGACCCUUGAGCCACGACACCACACUGGCUCUCCAGUGGUUAGCCCAGCCUUUGUUCUUGAAAUGUCCACUUUUUGACCACAGCUAGAGGGAUCUCCCUCUGCGCUGCUCCUGCUGCUGCUGUGCUGCAGCCUUCCUUUUCCUUUUGGGUUCUUGCUUCUCCCAGGCUCCCUUUGUUCUGGACGGAAGAGUGAUUGUCAUUUUCUGCUGCCGGCUCCUCUUGGAGGGCAGCUCUUGCAUCUGCAGGUGUACCUUGCUCACCUGCCUCCCCUCCUGCCUUGCCUUCUCCCCCUUGACCCCUCCAAUCCUCGUGCAUGGCAGGUGCUGUUUUUGUUUUGCCCUGGGGGGAAGCCAUGACCACCCCUGUGACUGCGUUGCUGAGUGGGAGAGAAGCCUUGGCAGCUAGCCCCGAUUCUGGUCACCCAGAUCUAUCUAUUCCUCUCAUCCACAUGGAGCUCUCUGUCACAUGUGGAGGCCAGGCAACCAUUUAAAUGCAAAGCUGUGUUGUAGUUCCUAUCCCUUCCCAACACUUCCCUCAGUCAAGGCAGCCAUAGCUCUAGAGAGCCCAUUUCCCCAGCUGCACCGUGGCACAUCUUUGCCAAGACACAAAGAUAAAUACUCCUGGCCUGGCAGUGCCCCUUUGGGCUGAGGGAGCCAAAUCCUGCCUUUUCCUUCUCUCCAUUCUGAGGAAGAAUUGGAUUAGCUAAGAGCUGACCGCAAGCCCCCCUUGAAACAGCCUGGAGAGAGGGAAAUGGGUGACUCAGCUGUUGGAAGGAAGGGGUGGGGGGCUCCUUUGCAGGGUAGCAGCUGAGAAACUGCAGGGCCUUCUGCAUGCAGCCCCUUCCAUGGGACCUGUCUGGGGUGGUAGGGCCAGUGCAAGCCUUCCUUUCCACUUUUUGAGAGGGCUUGGAUUAGUGACACCAGAGUGGAUCUGAGGGGCAUUUUCCAUUGAAGUGGCAAAUUGCUAAGGUCCUUUGAACCUCCAGCCUGUGAGGAAGCUAUUUAUAGCUGCCUACUGGCAUUGCUAGAGGAACGGAGGACUCUGCCUUAGUCACUGAGCUGGCUUUCUGAAGCACAACAUGGAGCUGUCUGGAGGUCUGGUGGUGGUGCUGGGCAGUCCUGGCUGCCUUGCUUUCCCCAAGUUUGUCAGCCACAUCAAAGAUGGCUCCCCGCUCCUCCCCCAGCUGCCUUCCCUCUUCUUGUUGCUGGUUGGCUCUCAGUGAUAGUGGAAGAUGCUAGCUGCUAAAGAGUUAAUUUCCUGCGCUUUGCAAGCAGCUGGCCAGUUUACACUCCUUGCUGGGCUGCACAAAAAUACUUCUCCUUUGAAGUCUUGGGAGCGAGCAGCGGCUGAGGGGAAAACCUGACUGGGAGCUGACUUGACUUGGGCUGGGUGCAGCAGUUCUGCUGGUUGGCUCUUCUCUCUUGCCAGAACUGGAUGUAGGAUAUGAGCUGGGACUUUCAAAGGGGCAGGUUGGGGCUGUUCUCGUUUCCCUUCAUAAGUGAGCAUUUCCACUGAAGGAAAACAAACUAGUGACUGCCAGUUCAAUGUCUCCAGGUGCUUCUGAGCCGUCUCUCAUAGGAGGAUGCAGGUUACAAGGCCUUGCGGGAAGGGUCCCUGAUCCAUUUUCUCCUGGUGGGUGAUAGAUCUGGAGGGUUUUCUGAUGACUGGAAAGUUUCCAGCUGAAUCUGCCAUGUGUAGCAAAAACUUGAGCGAGUGCAAAAGAAGUGGUUGGUCUUCCCCAUUUGUGCCUCCCAGGGUUCUCGCCACAGCAGUAGAGCAAGCUUUAGGGUUGAGAAGCGGUUGCUCUAGGAAUUUGAGUUCUCCCUCUGUCCAGGCUUCUUUUCAGUUGGGUGUCUGUACCUGGCAUUGGGCACACAGGGCAGAGUAGGGGUUCUGCUGAUGUAUUGCCCACCUCACUGCCUAGCAGCUUCCCUGCUUGAGCUGAUAGAGAUGGGGCUGAGCUGUUGCCAGUGUUAUAAACUUAGAUAUAUAAGCUAAUCGCUGAAUGGCACCUUAUACUUAAGUUACGGUCACCAUAACAGACUGUCUACAGUGGUACCUCGGGUUAAGAACUUAAUUUGUUCUGGAGGUCCGUUCUUAACCUGAAACUGUUCUUAACCUGAGGUACCACUUUAGCUAAUGGGGCCUCCCACUGCCGCCAUGCCAGUGCCGCACGAUUUCUGUUCUCAUCCUGAAGCAAAGUUCUUAACCUAAGGUACUAUUUCUGGGUUAGCAGAGUCUGUAACUUGAAGCGUCUGUAACCCGAGGUACCACUGUAGACAGCUUUUUUCUUUUGCAUGACUGGAUUUUCUUAUUCUUAUUAUUUGUUUCAUUUCUAUAUGGCUUUAUAUUUUAAAGAAAAAAAUCUCAAAGCAGUUUACAACACAUUAAAACAUCAACUAAAACAAUCCAGAAUUAAACAGUGACAAGACAUCUCCACAGAUCAGCAGGCUGGCUGGUUGGCAAGCAGCAGCACCUUUCGAUUGGGACGUGCAGCAGCAGAAACCUCUGCUGUGUGCCAGCCAGAUAGUGGAGAUGGUGAUCUGCAAACCUGACGACAAGACAUCUUCACUUAAUCACAAUUGGACUGUGCCAGUCCUAAAGUGCACCUGGUGCCUUGAGGAAUUUCGGAUUCUGACUGGUGCUGAGGUCCCCCAAGCUUUCAGACCUGGAGGAUUUCUCAUUCACGCUGAGGCCACCAGCUCUGGGAUGGCUCAGGACUGUGGGACUGUCAGAACAUGUUACUGGCUCUCUGCAUCGGCUUGGAGGCAUUUUGCCCCUGGUUUUCUCAAUGGGGCAAGAAGGAAGAUGCGAUCUGAAGGUGUGAGGAUCUUAGCACCAUUCUCUUGUCAUGGUCAGGUCACUACUUCUUGAGGGUUAAACUUACAACAACUGUUCUCUGCAGAGGCAGGGGAAGCCCUGGACUUCAGGUGGCUCUGUGGGAUUUUCUAGCUGGUACGACUGAUUUUCCCAUUGAAUCCCUGGCUGAUUGAGGGAAUGCAGAAAUGACCCAGGCAGUUGCUGCCUGUACUCUUGAGUGCCCCUUCCCACUGGGCGCAUCUUGGGCGGCGCUGCAAUUGCUGCAGUAAAACAAAUCAGGUGGCAGCUAGAAAGCUAGUGGAGGCAAGCUGCAGGUGGAGCAGCCGAGUUCUGGGUGGGCUCAUUUUGAUAAGUGCCUCCUCAGUGAUGGUGAUGGUGAUGAGGAAGAGUUGCUUCUCUGCUGCCAUUGCUUCCCCUCUGGAGUCAUGUGGGAUGUUUUACUUACUGGCCCCCAAAAGACUAGUAUCCUUGGCGAUCUGCUGCAACUUGAUUGCAAGGUGUUUGGAGGAUAGAGUUGCUUGUAACGGCAGGGACCCUGAUGCUGCUGUUGUAGCAGGUCACCCUCACGGGGUGUCCAGAGUAUUGCCUGGUCCAGUGUUAGGUAAAGGUAAAGGUACCCCUGACCAUUAGGUCCAGUCGCAGACGACUCUGGGGUUGUGCACUUGUCUCACUCUAUAGGCUGAGGGAGCCGGCGUUUGUCCGCAGACAGCUUCUGGGGCCUGUGGCCAGCAUGACUAAGCCGCUUCUGGCGAACCACAGCAGCGCAUGGAAACACUGAUGUGCUUUCGAACUGCUAGGUGGCCAGGAGCUCACCCCGUCACGGGGAUUCGAACCGCCGACCUUCUGAUCGGCAAGCCCCAGGCUCUGUGGUUUAGACCACAGCGCCACCUGCAUCUGCGUUACUGGGCAAGUUUCAGUGAGUGUGGCUUGAGGAUGUGGACAGGUUUAAGUGGCCACUUGCAUUCUUCCCCUCCUGGCCUCUCAAAUUAAGCGUGGAGGGAAAAGCCAAGAGGAUUGGGGAGGUGCUGGUGGUGAUCUUAAUUUAAAUACUGCUUACAUGCCAAAAUGACUUCUCAGUAGCUUACAACCAUAAAAUCGACCCAUAAUUACAAUACACAAUAACAUUAAAACACCAUUACUUAAAACAAACAAUUAUAAAGCAUAACAAUUAAAACACUUAAUGAACAGUUAAAACAAUAAAAUCACCAAUUCAGUUCAGAGGAAUGCUCACCCAAACAGGUGUGUCUUCAGGAGCUGGUGGAAGGACAACACUGAUGGGCCCUCUUGCAUUUCAGCAGGGAGGGUGCUGCAUAGCACUGGUAGUGCCAGUGAAAAAGCCCACCUCCUAGUUGCCACAAGCCAAUAAUUACCAGGCUGUGACAAAACUAACCAGGUUCCAUGAGCAUCGUGGGAAGAGACGGUGAAGAGGAAGGUUUUUUCGGACCUUGAAACUGGCUUGGUGAAUCAUAGGGGGGGGGUGUGCUUUGAGGUUGUUUCUUACAGUCGAGUGGGGUAUAAAUUUUAUGAAAUAAGAGGCAGCCAGCGCCAGUCCCUCAGCUUUGGCGUGAUAUGUGCCUGAUAAGUGCCAUCAUCCACCACUCUCCUUAGUGCCUCAUUGUGAGAGGAGGCGAUUCUGGGCCACCUGGAAGUGGCAGCAUUGACGCCACUUUGAAGACAGGUUGAUGGGCCUUGGAAUACCUUCUUUCCGCUGAUCCAAGGUUGCAGGGAGCCCCUUGUCAAGUCUCUGCAGAAGGGAAAGCAGUUUGUAUUCAAAGUGCUUCUGGCACUUCAAAGGCAAACUGCUUUUACAGACUCAUAGAAUCGUAGAAUUGGAAGGGAUCAUCUAGUCCAACCCCUUCAAUGCUGGAAUCUCAACUGAAGCAUCCUUGUUCCUUUUUUGUAUCUUGAAUCCAUUGGUAUGGAUCCUACCCUUCUUUCUGGGGAAAGAAAGAAAAAGCUCAUUUUAAAAAGGUAUUGAGAGGUGCGCUGCUGCCUCUUGACAGCAGAGGAGGAGUGUGGCCUCCCCAAUGCAGCAAUCGCCCCCAGCCCUCAUCCGCAUGACCAGGUAUUGUCCAUUGACAACUGGAGGGCAUCACAUUAGCUGCCUCUGUUUAAAUGAUGGGGGUGGGGUAGCCAGCAGCUGUGGGGCCCUCCAUGUCUUCUUGUAGUGCCCUUUCCCUCAGCCCCAGCUAACAUGGCUAAAGGCCGGGGGGGGGGGUGUGUGUGAUUAUUAAUUGCACUUGUUCAUCACAUCAUGCAGGAAAAAAGGUCUCAAAGUGUCUUAACAACAGGAUAAAAUACGAACAAAAUCAAUUAAAAGGCAGAUAAAAGGAAAAGAACAAAGUACAACACACAAAAAAUCCUAAAAUGGACUGGAGGUGUUUCUCCUCCCGUUCUCUUAGCGCCAGCGAUGGCAAUUUUAUUAUUGAGUCUCAGUUGCCAUACAUGGCGACAAGACUUUUCAAAGGGCUCACUUUCUGACAAUCCCCAGUCACAAAAUGUGUGUGGCUAAUUUUGAACGCUGCUCAAGGGUGUGGUCACCAAUGCUGAUGCAUGGAGUGCUGACCCAGGAUGUUGGUCUUCAUCAGGCUGGUGGAAAGGCCCAGCUCCAAGCAGGAUUAGGCAAAACUGUUGAUAGGCCUCUGUAGAGUUUCCUCUAAGUGCGCUGUCUAGGCUGCACCACCUGCGAAUAACAUCUUGCGGAUAAGAACCCACCACACUUUUGUCUUGGAGUGGAGAUGCACCAGGUUAAACAGAACCUGUCACUCCUUGAAUGGAGUCUUCAGUCAAGCUGAGAGUUGGGGCCAGAACACAACCCUGUUUUACAUAGCUCUUUAUAGGGAAGGUGACCAGGGAUAGACUGUCCUACUGGAUGGAGGUGAUGUUCUUGUUUCUUUCAGUCCCUAUUAAUGGCCUCUCUGCCCCAUUCUUUACUACCUCCUAGACCUAACGGUCGGGGUACCUUUACCUUUACCCAAGUACUGCAGACCCCCUGUUUUUCAAAAGCCAAGCCAUGGACCCUCUUGUUGUUAUUGGCACCCAGCUGGCUCUGGAGACAGCAGAGGAGUGCAUCUUUGGGGGUGAAAUCAAACUGUUGGAAGGUUGCAGUGCCUGCUGUGGCUGUAGAGACUGAUAUGGGAAAGAUGUUUUGUUGCAGCUGGGGCAGACGAAGGCGUCUGGUUGUGCUGAUGCAGAUCUUCUCCCAAAAAGUAUCUCUUAUUUUGAUCCUGCAUGCAUUGCUCUACACUAGACUGUUUCAUUGCAGUAAUGCAGCCAGCACUGUGGUUGGCCAUUGUUCUCUGUGGUGGCAGCCACCAGGCGAGGGGCGCCUGGCUCCAUCACCCUCUGAUUUCAGGCUGCACACAGAGCCUUUUUGGCCAAUUAUUCCAGUAUUUGGUGGUGCCGGAAGAUCACCCUGGUUUUAUUGGUUUUCAUCUUGUUUUAUAUAUUCUCCCCUGGCAAAAGGAAAGCAGUGAGGCUUCUUAGGGAGCUGAAUGGUGCCUUGCUCAGCUUUUCUCCAGAGGCGUCCUAUAAAAUGCAGUGGUGGCAUGUCAGUGUACUGCAUAUUAUGUUUGUUUAUGCAUUUGAAAGUAUAUAUUAACUGCUGGAUAUUUUAAAAAUCUCUAAAUGGUAGUUAAUUGUAUAGUUGCACGAGUAGUUCUAGUUUGGGGAUUCUAAAGAAAGCAAAAUGGGCCUGAGCUCCUCUAAGAGAAAGGAGGUCUCCGUGAAGGUGAAGUAGUAGUAGUAGUAGUUGUUGUUGUUGUCCUCCCCCCUCCCCCCGAGGGGCUUUGUGCAGAGAGGUGUUAUCCUUGCGCAGGGUCCUGAGAACUGUUCCCUAUCCUCAGGCGGCAGCAGCAGUAGGGUUAGAAGUCUUCCCAGGGCAUGGAAGUGCCAUCUCCCCUAUGAAGCCAGAAGGUGGUGCCACCCUGGGGUGACCUCCCAAGGCUCACUAUCGUCUGGCAUAUCUCUGAGGGGUCUUCUGUGGGUACUUUAAAUAAGGGUGUUCUGAUGCCACUGUUAAUGGUACAUAAACGUACUUAAAAUAUUUUUAUCCCACUCAUCAGCUAAAAAAAGGGACUCCUAAAACAGUUAACAACAUUCAGUGCUAUUAUAGUUGUUGCCUUCUGGCUGACACAAAAGGAAUUGUGGCUGCGGGAGGGGAAGCCAACUUAGGCAUGAUUCCUUAGUUGCAAAACUCAUGUGCUGACCAACUGGAAUUGGAGUUGCGGCAUGUCCCACCUGCCCCAGCCAGCCAGCCAGCCAAUCUGGGGAGAUGUCUUGUCACUGUUUAAUUCUGGAUUGUUUUAUCUAGUUGGUUUAAUGAUGGUAAACUGCUUUGAGAUUUUUUCCUUUAAAAUAUAAAGUGGUAUAGAAAUGAAAUUAACCAACACAACAAAUCUGCCGAGCCCCCCAAAAGGCUCCUAAACAGUCUGUUGCAGUGACCACAACCUAGAUUUAAGGUGCCAUUUGGUGAUUAGCUUGUAUACCUGAGUUUCUAACACUGUCUGCAAUUUACAAAAUACUACUCCACAACACUACAGGCCCCAUUACAACAAUCAAAGACCAAUGGGAACAUGACAUAGGAUACGAAAUAAACUCAACCCAGUUGCUCCAAGCCAGUGUUCGAAACCUCUCAGGCAUGUUUUGCGACUGGUGUGGGUCCAAUUGCGACCACAUGGAGAUCCCUGGAUGCCAGGUUGGUGACUGAGAUCUCCAUCUGGCUAGCUCCUCCAGCUUUCUUGAGCAGUAAGAAGAACAGCUUAUUUAUUGCAUUUAUACCCCACCUUUUUCUUCAAGGAGGACAUGGCUUACCUGCCUCCUUAGUUAAUCCCUACAGUGACCCUGUGAGGUACUUUAAGAGGCUGUGACUGGCCCAAGAUCACCCAGUGAGCUUCAUGACUGAGUAUGGAUUUGAACCCUCAACUCCCAGGUCCCAGUCCAACACUUUAACCAUUACACCACACUGACUUCAUAAAGUACUUCUGCUAUAAGUAGGUAAAACAAUAUGGGGAAAGCAAAAUGUCACUUAGGGAAGGAUCUGGAAUAUUUUCCUUGAAGUUUGAAUUUAUUGUUUUUCUAGAUUGUUUUAUUUGAUGUUCAUCAUCGUCAUCAUCAUUCCCCCCCACCAGGGCAGGGGACUGGCACCUAGACAUUAUGUUGUUGUCACCAUAACCUAGAUUUAAGAUGCCAUUUGUUGAUUAGCAUACAUAUCUGAGUUUCUUUAAACCCUUUAGAUCUAUCUCAACCAAAAGAAGGGAACUCACUCUGAAACUUAUCUAUAGAUGGUACCUAACACCACAGAAGCUGGUGAUGAUACAUCCAGGAACUUCACCUAGGUGCUGCUGAGGUAGCUGCUCCAUGGGCACAUUCUUCCACCUGUGGUGGGAAUGCCCCCCAAUUCAAUCCUUUUGAAUAUCAGUCUCACAAGAAAUCAGCAAAAUAACAAAACUGGUAAUAGAAGCAGCUCCAGAACUGGCUCUACUAAAUAUAUCCCAAGGCAAUAAUAUGCACUCCCAUGACAAAAAACUCAUAAGCUGCUUACUCAGCUAGAAGCAUCAUAACUAGACCCUGGAGAACAGUUGCUGCCAGGCAGCUGCCUUGCCCAACUGGGUGUCUUCAUGACCACCUCCUAGCAGACCCAAUAGGCAGCAUUGCCAGUGGUCACAGAUGAUGAUGGGAGUUGUACUUCAAUAGCAUCUGGAGGGCACAAGGUUGGGGAAGGCCACUGUAGACAGUACUGAGCCAGCUGAAGCAGUGGUCUGACUUUGUGUGCGGUUCAACUUUUAUGCGUGAGCAAAUAGUGUUUUUUUUGGUUUUUUAAAAAAUAAAGAGCAGAUUAUAAAUAAGAUGAUGGGAUGAAGUUAGCUCCCUCGAUGCAGCCCAGGGCCAUUCGGCACCUGCUCCUGCAGGUUCAUUGUUGUUGCUGUGAAGGGGAGCACUGACACUUAGGUUUGGGGCCAACUGCACCACUGAGGGGCAGGCAGAUUCCCAGCAUCUGUGCCGGCUGUGCAGAUGUGGCCAGGGGUUGGCAGGCAGGAAGCCAUGUUCGGCUUCUGGACCUAGAUUGGGGUGGGUGGACUUGUGCGCAGAACUGCACCCUUGUGCACAUGUGCCUCUUGUUCCGCUCCUGCUCCUCCAGUUGAUCUAGCAAAACCUCAGCUAGGCAGGAAUGGGUGCUGCUGCGUUGCCCUAAACUGUGCAGGCAAAGCAGAUGCUAUCAGCUCCUCCGGCCCUGGAGCAAUGAAAUGGAAAGAUCAAAGCGCAGAGCAGCAGCACACAGAGGCUCUUCAAAGCCUGAGUAAGGCAGAACUGAUACAAAAAACCAGAAGGCUCUUGGCUGAUGUAAUCAUAGCCUGUGAGACAGGUUUCAAAGCUUUUUUAAGAGAGAGAGAAAGACAAAGGCACCCCUUGUUUGCUCAGAGAGGUGAAGCGUGUAUGGUGGAGGCAGGGAAAGAGUACCUGCUUGGCUGCGGAGCUGGUGGCUGAGCCUCGUAGGAAGGUUGAGAAGUUUCCUCAAGCCUGGUGUAGAAGGAAGCAGGCAGCCUUGUUUUCUUUCAUUGUUUAGAAUGGAAGUUUAGAAGAAGAUGCUGUGAUUAUUAAGACCCAGCAUGGGUUUCUCAAAAACAAGUCAUGCCAGACUAUUUCUUUGAUAAUGUUACGAGCUUGGUGGAUCGGGGAAUGCUCAACAUACUGGAAAGAUGUACAAGUUGUUGUGCCACAGGGUUCACCCUGGGCCUGGUGUUGUUUAGCAUCUUUAUAAAUGACUUGGACAAAGGGACACUCAGCAAAUUUGCAGAUGACACCAAAUGGAGAGGGAUAGCUAAAGCCUCAGAAGAUAGAAUCAGGAUUCAAGAUGUCCUUAACUGGUUGAAGAACUGGGCCCAAAUGAAAUGAGUUUCAAUAGGGACAAAUGUAAUGUGCUGCACUUAGACAGGAAGAACAAAAUGCACAAAUAUAAGAUGUGGGAGACCUGGCUUACUAGCAGUAGAUGUGAAAAGGAUAUAGGGGUCUUGGUGGACUCCAAACAUAACAUAACAUAACAUAACACAACACAACACAACACAACACAACACACAACACACAACACACAACACACAACACACAACAACAUAACAUAACAUAACAUAACAUAACAUAACAUAACAUAACAUAACAUAACAUAACACAACAUAACACAACAUAACAACAUAACAACAUAACAUAACAUAACAUAACAUAACAUAACAUAACAUAACAUGUCAACAGCAGCAGAAAAGUCUAAUGCUCUUCUAGGUUGCAUCUGCAGAAUUGUGUCCAGAUCAAGGGAUGUUAUGCUCCCACUAUAUUCUGUCUUGGCUGGACCACACCUGGAUUUGUGUGUCCGGUUCUGGCCAUCACAGUUUAAGAAGGAUAUUGUCCAGCUGAAAUGUGUGCAGAUGAGGGUGACCAGGAUGGUCAGGGGUCUAGAAAUCAAGCCUUAUGAGGAAGAGUUGAAGGAGCUGGGUAUGUUUAGCCUGGAAAAGAGGAGACAGAGAGAUAUGAUUGCUGUAUUUGAAUAUCUGAAGGGUUGUUACCUGGAUGAUAGAGCAAGCUUGUUUUCUGUGCUCCAGAGGCUUAAGACACCCCACUGAGAGGAAGUUUUCAUUCUAUAGUCAAGUUCAUAAAAAUUGGACAUUUUCUUAAUAACAGUGUCCCUGCACUAUCAGGGGGACAUUGUUCUUUGUUGUGUAUCUACUCACAGAGCAAUAACAUUGGAUUGGAGAUGUCAUAGUACAACUGAAAUAUCAAGAAACUAGCAUCUUAACAUCAUGCUUAAUGAUGAACUAUUCAUAAAACAAAAGAAGGCUAAGACUAAACAAGUCUUUGACUUAAAUGCUGAGACUUUGACCACUAGAAUGUAUAAAUGGGAAGGAUAUAAAGCUUUUAUUUGAGGUCAAAUUACAGCAUACACACCACAUUUAGAAAUUUAGAAAUAAACUUAGAAAUAGUAAGAAAAAAAAUUGAAAGAGGAAUUAAAAGAUCUAUGCACAUUAAUAGUUAACAACCCAACUGUACAGUAAGCCACAAAAGAAGAAAAUUGAACUAAAUAAUAUAUUAUCCCAACAAGUAGAAUUCAUGUUCAUGUGUAUGGGACAAAAGCAUUGGGAAACAGGUGAAAGGGUGGGUAGGAUUCUGGCAAAUUAACCAGGAAGGAAGGAAGGAAGGAAGGAAGGAAGGAAGGAAGGAAGGUCAACAAGCCCACAAAUUAGAGAGGAAUCAGAUGAAGUGCAUAUAUCUUCAACAAAUAUGAACAAUCAGUGUUAAAAUUUUACUCAGUUCUGUAUAGUAACCCAAAAGAGCUAUCUGAAGAGGUUAUGGAGAACUUAAAAAUUAAUAAAUCUACAAGCUCUUGAGACAAUGCACAAACAACUAUUAAUGUCUCCAAUAUCAGAAAUGAAUGAAUCUUUAUUUGCGUCAGCCAUCAGGCAUAGUAGUAAAACAACAAUACAAUAGACAAAUAAUAGAAAUAAAAAGUCAAUUAUAUGAAAUACAUUUUUGGGUUUUGAAUCAAUAGUCAAAACAGUGGAUCUUAUUCUAAUUGCCCCAGCUAGAAACCUUGCAACCUUUGCUGUCACCUGGUCAUCUUGAUCUGCUAAGAGAAAGGACAUUGUGGCACUGACUGGGCGACCCGGGAUGGACAUUAAAAGAGGGGUGAUAGCCUCAUUCCUCAAGUCUUUAUAAAGAGUGGAAGCCAGAAGGGCAUGCGCCACCGAUUUGGUACUGCCAUCUCCACAGCUACAUAGGUGUUUUUCAUGUGGAAUCUGUUGGAAUCGUCCCUCAAUUACAGCCAAGGGCAAUACAUUCAAUCUUGCGAGAGUAAAAGCGCACCUAUAUUUUAGAAUUGCUAGGUUAUGCAGAUAGGGUGCCAGAGAGUCGAAAUGGGUAGGUGGAAAAUUGUCAUACCAUGGGCAAAAUUUCCUUAUUGUGGCCAAGUUGUUCUGACGCUCGAAAUCAUUUAGGCGCUGACAAAUUAGACUGUUUGCUUUACUAAAACCCAAAGUGAGUAGCUGUUGUUGUGAUAAACCACAAGAGUGAAGUUUUUGAUAGAUAAUUUUAGUCCAGGUGCUCUUGUGACAAUCUUGCAGCACUAGGGAUAUUAGACUGGGGGGAAUCUGAGUUUAGGCGAAGCCAAUAGUUAAGUGUCCUAUGCCAAAUCCGUAAUUCUACUGAGGGAAGAUUAUCUCUAGGCGCAACGAGGCGUUUGGGACAUAGGGUGGUACAGAGAAAAUUUGCCUUAAGAACUUUGAUUGGACAGCUUCCGUAGAUCCAAGGUGAUGUCUGUCCAAAUCUGAGCCCCAUAUAAUAACUCUGCUAGUGGUUUAGCUUGGAACACUUCCAGGACUGAUGGUACAGUAUAUGUUUACCACCUUUUGUGUAGAAAAAGCAUGUCAAAAUUUUGGCGCUUUGGAAUGCUUUUUCUUUUGCACAUUUCUGGUGUGCUCCCCAUGACCCCGUAGACUGGAAAAUAAGGCUAAGAUAUUUGAAAACUUUAAGCUGUUCUAUUAGCUGAUUGUCCAUGUGCCGUCUAUGGGCCCUGUAGUUUCUUGAGAAAACCAUGACUUUGGUUUUCUUGUGAUUCACAGCCAGAUGUUCUCUCUGGCAAUAUCCUGAAAACGCCCUCCUCAGUCUUUUUAGGCCUGCUUUUGUUUGGGAUAGAAGAACCGCAUCAUCUGUAUAUAAUAAUAUUGAGAUGGGUUUCGAGGCCAAUUUAGGGGCAUGAUACUCUGGAGAUGUUAGACACUAGACAAUAUCAUAUAUGUAUAGGUUGAACAGUGCGGGAGCUAGAAUACACCUUUGCUUGACUCCCUUUGUGGCUGGUACAGAUCCUGUAAGUUGUCCAUUUCUGGAGCAGCGCACUUUCAACACUGUAUCGUCAAAUAAGCAUUUGAUCAAGUACAGUAGUCUUUUGUCUAUACUUGAGGAGUUCAAUUUAUCCCAGAGUCUUACUUGCAAAAUUGAGUCAAAUGCAGCUUUCAAAUUGAUGAAAGCUGCAUAAAGCACACCACGUGGUUUCAUAGACUACUUGUCUAUGAGAUGUGCUGGAAAAAAGCAAUGAUCUAGGGUGUGUCUGCCUUCCCUGAAUCAGUAUCACAAACUGAGAUUAGGGAAAUAAUCUAAAACAUGGUAAAUAAUAAAGCACCAGGGUUAGAGGCUUUCCCAGUGGAAUGGUACAAAACAUAUAUUGAUAUUUUGGCGCCUAGGUUAUGCCCAUUAUAUGAUGAGAUAUAUAAAGAAGGAAUUAGCUCAAUAUUAUUUAAUCAGGCAUACAUUACUGUUAUUCCCAAAUCCGGCAAAUGCAAUGCACUAGCUAUUGCCCAAUUUCUCUGUUUAAUAUUGAUGCAAAAAUCUUAACAGCAAUAUUGGCAAGAAGGCUGCAAAUAGUAAUACUGACUAUUGUUAAAAACGAUGAAACAGGGUUUAUAAAGACAAGGCAAGCUGCAGAUAAUAUCAGGGUGGUUGUGGAUUUGAGAAAUAUGAGCAAAUAUGAUUUAGCUAUAUUAUCUCUAGACAUGGAAAAAGCUUUUGAUAAGGUCCAUAAACAACACAUGGAAAAAGUACUACAAAAAUUCGGCUUUCCACUGGAUUUUAUAAAAUGGAUUAAUAUAAGUUUUUUGAAUGUGCCAGACACAGUAGAACAUACUCUUUUCUACUGUCCAUUGUACAACCAGCUAUACAAACACAUGCUAUCCCCCUUUUUUUGGUAGUUGACAUCAUGACACAAUGAAAAUAUCAGAUUUUAUCUGUCUGUCUGACAUUAACCCGGAAGUAACUCCAAGAGUGGCUGAAUUUUUAAUCAAUAGUAUCUCUUAGAGUGGUGAAUGGCACUAUUUAGUGGGAAGAAACUCCAAUGAAAAUCCUUGUUAUUACUGUACAUAUUUUUACAUGGCUGUUUAUUUGUAUAUAUUUUAAUUUUUUAUAUAUGGAUGUUUUAUGAUGGCCUAUAUUUCGCUGUGGGUUAAACCACAGAGCCUAGGACUUGCCGACCCCCUGCAACGGGGUGAGCUCCCGUUGCUCGGUCCCUGCUCCUGCCAACCUAGCCGUUUGAAAGCACAUCAAAGUGCAAGUAGAUAAAUAGGUACCGCUCUGGCGGGAAGGUAAACGGCAUUUCCGUGCGCUUCUCUAGUUUGCCAGAAGCGGCUUAGUCAUGCUGGCCACAUGACCCAGAAGCUGUAUGCCGGCUCCCUUGGCCAGUAAAGCGAGAUGAGCACUGCAACCCCAGAGUCGUUCACGAUUGGACCUAACGGUCAGGGGUCCUUUACCUUUUUUUAACAAAAGAAAUCUCCCACUAUCACUUUAUAUAAAUGUUUAUUAGCCACCAACCAGUUCAACACACAGAUUGGUCUCAGUCUCAACCAAGCAAUGAGAAACUGUUAAGCUCUUUAGCAAGGGUGUCACUGGACCUUAAACUCAGACUCAUGCAACAACAAAGAUAAAAUUUAGAACUUACGGGACUCCAUUGCGCUUGUUUUUGAAGGGCUAUCCAAGACAUCGAGCUGCUGGAGAUGUAUCAGGGACAAGCCUUCUUUAAAACAUAUGUUCUUACAAUGUCCUAUAUGGAUAAUUUCGGGGCACAAGGUAAUAGAGACGCCUAAUGUAACUAUACAGUAAAAUAUUAAAUUUUCAUUUUGUAUACCAGUACAUGAAACCUAACAAAGGGUCAGUAUGAAUAGACUCUCUGCACUCUAUGGCAAAAAGACAGGUAUUGAACUGUAAAAAUAAAAAUGUUGCCCCCUUCAACGAAUGGAUAGAAGAUAUGUGCAAGCCUGCAACACAUGAACCAGUCGCAUACAAAUGUAGAUUCACCAUUGACAAAUGUAAUUAUAUUUGGAAUUCAUUUUUAUAAACACUGUAUUAGGGUAAGUUUAGCUUAACUACAAUAACAAUCAUGAAGUGUUUAUAGUUUUUUAUAACGCGGGUGUUAUUUUAUUUUAUUUCUAUUUGUGUUUUAUUUUACCUUGCACACUUUUAAUUUUGUACUUAUUUUUCAAUAAAGAAAAGAAAAAAGAAAAAUACCAAUUUGAAUAACAGGUUUAAACAAAAGUUCCCAGGUUUCUAAUUCAUAUACUGCUAUAGGAAGUAUGUAAGAUGCCUGUCUGCCAACCUUUUGGAAUGGCAGAGUCUUUUUGGUGAGCAGGAACAUCUUCUGAACACAUUUUUCAUUUUUGUGCUAAGAAAAAAUAGCUUUUGUUUGGUGUGCUGCCCUUGGGCACAGGGUGGUAAACUGGGGGGGUGUAGGUGGGGACUGGCAGUUAAUGUUGUAUUUUAAAUUAUCGUUACCUCCCUGGAGCCUUAGAGUGAAAGUUAAUAAAUUAAAUUAGUAAUAAUGCAAGCUGAAGAGGACUUCUCCAUGUUGAUGGAAAGCAAAUGACUCUGUUAGUAUUCCUUGCUCAAUAAUAAAUGCUGCCUGCAGCCGGAUCGGCUUUGUCCUGCUUUGAAGGCCCAUCCUCUUGCCCCUGGCUUGCUCCUUUACACAGAAAAGUAGAUUUUUUACUUUCUGUGUUUGACAGAAGGCUGUGCAUUCCAUUUUCAGAGUAUGCAUGUCAGGCAGCUUUCUGUUUCAUUCAACUUUGUUUUUUCACCAGGUUAUUUUUAAGGAGACAUUUUUGUAAGAUUGACUGUUCUUUAAAAAGAAAAGUCUGGAGUGGAGACACCGACUGAGGCUCCCUCUGCUUGAGCAGGACUCCCUGGAGCGCAGCGGCUGAGAGAGAGCCCUGCCACAGACUCUAGUCUUUCAGAUUUCCUCUUGUCCACCAUCUUGCAACUGGCAGUCUGAAAAUGCAAGAGCAGAAUCCUAAGGAAAGGGGGGAAACCUUGGGAAUGUGGUUCCCAGCAAUCAUUUCUGAAAGGCCGGAAGGCUCCCCACAUCUCCUGACAAGGCUGCCAGUGCCACCCCCCAGCCAUCUAUAUCCACAGACUGGAUUUCCAAGGUGUAAUGAUGGGGGAGAAGAGCUGAAUGAGGCCACAGCCCCUUCUGCAGGAAUGUCCAAUCCUCCUUGAGAACAUCCAUUUUGAUUUCUGUGAUGAGGCAGAGACUGUGGGGACCAGUUUUUGGUACACAGAAAAGGAGGCCAUAGUAGAGACAAGUUCCCUCUUUCUGAACGUUGUGGUCACCCAAUGAAAGUUCAGUGCAAAGAGAAAGAAUUCCUUUGUUACAUAUUACAUAAUAUGAAACGUAGCUAAGAUGGCUGUUAAGAAGAUGAGGCAGGUUUAUUAGCCCUACUGGGUGAGUGGAGGCCCCUUCCCUGCCCCCUGCUUUAGAGCCAAGUGUCAGGACCUGACACCAAGCACCCUUUCUGAUUUGGUGGAGGAGCCGGUGUAGGCGAUGAGGGAUGCUGGUGCACCUCUGAAGGCUCCUUGAAUCCUGUGGGGGCUGUGCCUGGGAUAUUUUCAGAAAAGGGAAGCUUCCUCUUUAGGAGUCUGAGAGAGCUUCUCUGACUUGGUGGUGUGGGAUUGGUGAGCCUGAGAUGGUGAAGAGACAGCAUGGCCGUGCACUGGGUUCUCUUGACUGCAGGCAUAGAUGAGUUUCCAGACAACUCUCAACAAGCCAGAAUUUAGGGUCCCUGGUAUAAUGUAGAUGGGUGCUUUGGGAAACAGCAGGCACAUGACUUUGGGUGUGUGGGAAAGAUGCUACAGCUGGGAGACCAUUGAUCUGAUCAGAUAUCCUGCUCUGGAUGUAAGUCCAGCUGUAUUAGGCAAAGUGGGGGGUGCCGUUGAUGGACAUGGCUUUGGACUGAGCCUAUCUGGGAACUUGCAUGGGAUGCUCAGAAGGGGAAACUUUCUCUGGGCCUGCUUGGUGCCUAAUCCAGGCCCUGGAGGCUCUUCCCUUGGGUGCUCUGAGGCUCAAGGCCUUCUGUGUCUUUCUGAAGUGUCACUCAGUGGGCAUGGCUCUGGUCCAGGGCACUCUUUGGGAUGCCUCCCAGAACCAUUGGCAAGGAAGCCAUAGCUUGAGCAUGAACUCCACAGUGGCUGCUAUGACUGUUGAGUCUUGCUCAGAGUCUGACUUUCUUAAGGGAGAGAGUAAGGGAGAGGAGAAAUCAUAGAAACCAUAGAAUUGUAGAGUUGAAAGGGAUCAUCUAGUCCAACCCCCUGCAAUGCAGGAAUCUUUUACCCAAUGUGGGGCUUAAACCCCCAGCCCUGAGAUCAAGAGACUUAUGCUCUACCAACUGAGCUAUCCCAGGAGCCAAAGUAUGAGUAUGAGUUGUGGGCCCGACUGUUUUGUUCCCUCCAGCUCCUCAGAACAGCAGGAUGCUGCUCAAGGAUGUUCCAGAGUGAUCAUAUUGGUAGCCUCGGUCAUCUCCCUAUUUCAGGAAGAGACCAGGGCCCUAGCUGGCUUGCCAGCUAAAGCCACACCCUGAAGAACCUUGGCAAGCCAUCUGGAUCCAUUGGUCUCUGGGCCAAGCCAUCACAGUUGAUGCUCUACCCCUGCCACAAGAUCCACCUGCGUCAGAUAAUGUUCUGUGCAGGAGUAAUGGAGUCACCACUGCCUUGCCCACCCAUAGAUCCUCCCCUCCCCCAUUCUACUACAGAAAGCCAGAUCCAAAGUGUGUGGCAGGCCAAGAUAUACCGUAUUUUUUGCUCCAUAAGACACACUUUUUCCCUCUUAAAAAGUAAUGGGAAAUGUCUGUGUGAUGAAGUGAAUGCUGCGUGGAGGAGGGAUGGACGGGAGCCAUGGCUCCCGCCCAUUCCUCCUCCGCAGCUCGCUUUAAAGCAGCAAAGUGGGAAAGGAGCCGCUUGCACAGGUGUAAAGCAAGCACAGUGGGGGCCGUGUAAUCCUUCUGCCCCCGCACUUGACUGCCCCAUUGCGAUUGGCUUGCACGCUUGCACCACCCCUUUAGGACGACGCUCGCAUGGGCGGAGGCAUUCUACAUUCUACGUACAAGGAUGAUAAAGCAGAAAAGAUUAGCAUAUAAGAUUCCUUUUAAACUAGAGGUAGUAAAAUAUACUAAGGAGCAUGGAAACAGAGCAGCGGAGAGACAUUUUGGGCUACCUCCAACUGAAAAAAUGGAAAGAGAGUGGAGGAAACAGGAAGAUCAGCUGCAAAAAGCAGAUAAAAGUAAGCAGACUUUUCGUAAAUGCUGCAAAGUGGCCACAGUUGGACGUGGCCAUGAAAGAAUGGAUCACAAAUCACCGGAAUAAUGGCUUCUCAGUCUCUAAAAAAAAUGAUAAUAUAUGAAGCCAAACACAUUGCUGUAGAGAAAGGCAUUCGCGAUUUUACUGGAUUACCAUCAUGGUGCUACAGAUUUAUGAGGCGAUAUGGCCUUGCUAUGCGCACCAAAACUAGAAUUGCACAAAAAAUGCCAGAAGAAUAUGAAUAUAAGAUUUUGUCUUUUCAUAAAUUUGUAAUUGAUGCUAGGAAGAGAAAGGGGUUUGAAAUUGGCCAGAUUGGGAAUAUGGAUGAAGUCCCGCUAACCUUUGAUGUGCCAUCUAAUAGGACUGUUGAUCUGAAAGGUGCCAAAACUAUAGCCGUGAAAACCUUCGGACAUGAGUAAACCCAUUACACGGUUGUGUUGUCUUGCUGUGCAGAUGGCACCAAAUUGCCACUGAUGUUAAUUUUCAAAAGGAAAACAUUUCCAAAAGAAGUGAUUCCAAGAGGAAUUGUUGUACAUGUUCAUGAGAAAGGAUGAAUGGACGAAAAUGGAAUGAGAGUAUGGGCUGAAGAAGUGUGGUCCAAACGUCCUGGAGGGCUUUUGAAAAAACCUGCCUUAUUAGUACUUGACCAGUUUAGAGCACAUUUUAGCGAAACUACAAAAAAGCGCUUUAAAGAAAUGAAGACUCAUCUAGCUACAAUUCCUGGAGGUCUUACCAGCCAGUUGCAACCUCUCAAUGUUUCCACUACAAGCCAUUUAAGGUCUUUAUGUGAGAAGAGUGGAACAAGUGGAUGGCUGCUGGUAAUCAUGAUCUGACACCUACUGGACGAACGAAGAGGCCCACUAUCACUCAAGUUUGUGAAUGGGUGAAAACAACAUGGCACUCAGUGAAGGAGGAAAUCGUUGUACAGUCAUUCAAAAAAUGUGGCAUUAGCAAUGCUUUGGAUGGAAACGAAGAUGGUAUCUUAUAUGAAGAUAGUGAAGAAAGUGAUGUCAGUGAUUGUGAACAACUGAGCUUCAUAAAUUCUGACUCUAGCACUGAUAAGUUCUUGGGGUUCACAGAAGACUAGAAGAGUACUCAAACCUUAAAGUCUCUCUUCAUUUGUUAAUGGCAGUGAUGAUGGUUCUUAAUGCCACUGUUAACUGCUGUUCACUUUACAUGGUUGAAAUAUUAUUCUGAUAUACCAGUAGUUUAUUAAGUAGUUUAGUACAACAUUCGGCAGCUAAAAAAGCCAAUGCCGGCAGCUAAAAAAGCCAAUGCCAGCAGCUAAAAAAGCCAAUGCAAUUCUGGGCUGCAUCAAUAGGAGUAUAGCAUCUAGAUCAAGGGAAGUAAUAGUGCCACUGUAUUCUGCUCUGGUCAGACCUCACCUGGAGUACUGUGUCCAGUUCUGGACACCACAGUUCAAGAAGGACACUGACAAACUGGAACGUGUCCAGAGGAGGGCAACCAAAAUGGUCAAAGGCCUGGAAACGAUGCCUUAUGAGGAACGGCUAAGGGAGCUGGGCAUGUUUAGCCUGGAGAAGAGGAGGUUAAGGGGUGAUAUGAUAGCCAUGUUCAAAUAUAUAAAAGGAUGUCACAUAGAGGAGGGAGAAAGGUUGUUUUCUGCUGCUCCAGAGAAGCGGACACGGAGCAAUGGAUCCAAACUACAAGAAAGAAGAUUCCACCUAAACAUUAGGAAGAACUUCCUGACAGUAAGAGCUGUCCGACAGUGGAAUUUGCUGCCAAGGAGUGUGGUGGAGUCUCCUUCUUUGGAGGUCUUUAAGCAGAGGCUUGACAACCAUAUGUCAGGAGUGCUCUGAUGGUGUUUCCUGCUUGGCAGGGGGUUGGACUCGAUGGCCCUUGUGGUCUCUUCCAACUCUAUGAUUCUAUGAUUCUAUUCUAUGAUUUGAUUCAGAAUAUUUUUUUUCUUGUUUUUCUCCUCUAAAAACUAGGUGCGUCUUAUGGUCAGACGCGUCUUAUGGAGUGAAAAAUAUGGUAAUUUGACAACAGGCCCAUCUGUGGUUAUGGAACCUCUAAACUCCAGAGUCACUCCCAACAAGUGUUUACGUUAAAGCCCACCAAAACCAGAAUCCUCGAAGCAUUUGAAUGGAUGACUUUAGUUUUUCUUAAUGCACUGUCUUUAUUUUUAUGUCAGCUGAAUGGCAGAGCCCAGGCUUUGUGUGCAGAAGGAUCCAGCUUUAACCCCAGGCCUCUCCAGGGCAUGGAGGGAGACUUUUCUUCCCAUCCCCGGUACCUGAUCCUGGAGAGCUGCUUGUGCCGGUCAGUGGAGGCAGUCCUGGGACAGAUGGGUCAAUGGCCUGGCCUGGCCUGAGGCAGUCCGUCCCCCCAUUUUAUUUGUUACAUUUUAAGGCCUGCUUUUCCUUACAGUAUUCUUCCUGUCCCUAUUUUAUCCUCAUGACAGCCCUGUGAGGUAGGCUGGACUGAGAAAAAGUGAAUAGCCUGAAGUCAUCCAGUGAACUUCAUAGCUGAAUGAGGGCUAGAACUUAGAUCUCUGCAGUGCUAUAGCUAGCAUUUUGAUAACAUGACCCCAUGCUGCUGACUGAUUUGUUUGUCAGUUGCUUACUACUAACAAAUAAUCCAUUCAAUAUGAAGCACACAAAAGAUUAGAACAGUGAACACCAUCAUAUCCUGAUUCUAAGAACAGCAAGGCAAAACCCCAACUACCCCCAAAAGCAGAUAAAUCAACUAGAAAUCCACCAGAGCAGGCUAGAUAUUGACAGUCAGAUGACUGGGAGAAGUGGAAAGUCUUUGCCUGGCACUGAGAAAAUAUUGAUGCCAGCAAGACUCUUUGACAGAUUGGAGCGCUGCUACAGAAAAGGGGUUUUGGUGUGGAGCCCCUGUGAGCAAUGAGAAGGAUUGAUCCUCACAUAAGAUGCAGGGUUUGAAAUUAGCAGGGCUCCAGGCUCAUUUUGCGCCUAAAGAUUCUCCAUUUGCGAGAAUCUCAAAAAGUCUGGGUGCCAUUUUUUGCACCUGGCUGACAUUCAAGGAUUACUGAAAUAUAUGUGCUUUGAAGUCUCGAAAGUAUAUGUUAAGGAUAGACAAUAUGUUAAGGAGUUUAACAAUAAAGAGUAGAGUGUUUUGAAAACUGAAGUACGGUACCAAUCUUUUUAUUGUAAACACCAAAUUAAACACGCAUUAACAAUUUCUGCUAAAAAUGUGAUAUUAACAACGUGUCACGUAUGUGAGUUGUGUAUUAGUUCAUGCUUCUCAAAAUAAUAAAGUGUUGCUGAUACCUCACCCCCCCCCCAGUGGUGACUGGACAACAUUCCGUUUUGGCGCCCACAACCCAGGUCCCAGGAUGCACUGGGCUCCUAGCUUUUCUAUCCCAGUUUCUAGUAAGUAAGUUUCUAGUGAGCAAUAGGUUGCAGAGGAGAGGUGAAGACGUGGGGCUCUGCAGGUGGAUUUGCUGGCCGUGUCUGACACAAGGAGGACCAGGCAAAGGCACCCUGGGAGUAUUUGUGAGUGAGGCUGGGGGAGCCCAGUGGUACUGGGAUCAUGCCCCUUCCAUCACCACCUCUGCAGCCUCAAGUAGCAGAAGCAUGCAGGCCAGGAGGGCCACUGUCCUUAAAUGCUUUAGGGUGUUCAGACUUUUUCAGUUUUCCUUAAAGCGGUCUUGCAGUGUGAGCAAUAUUUUGGUGGCUUAGCACAGGGCCAAUUGCUUUGGCACCUAGAAAGUUUCCAGGGUGAGAGAGAAGCCGCUCUGUGCUCGCAAAGGAGUGGGAUGUCUUUUCAAGCUGUCACCUUGUCUAUGUGGUGGUUGGGGGUCUUUCACCUCGGAGCAGUUUUUGUAAGGCCCAUUAAUCCUUCUGGAGAAGACUGGUGUGAGAGUGGAGGGGCUGGCAAUGCUUUCUGCCAUGUGUGUAAAUUGGAGAUUGCUGUCACAGGCCAGUUGUGAGCUUACCACACUUGUGUCCCCACGUUGUCUGCAUCUUAUGUUGUUGGUGGCAGUGUACUUUCCUUGUCGACCACCAGAAGGGGCCAAGCCGGACCUGCACUCAGUGGUGUGGAAGCCACUCCAAACAGAGGGAGGAUGUUGAUUUUUUGGAUAGACCCAAGUGUGGUGACGAUGCCUGUUGGCAUUCACACUCUCACUUCCACGCUGCCAAGUGGCAUGGGAUUGCACCCCAGGUACGUGGUUCCCAUGCUGCAGGUGUGUGUGAUUGGGAGGAGGUGGAGGGAGAAGCCUUGCAUCCCUCCUGAAGCUUUAACUACAGCAUCUGUGUAUUUCAGGCUAUUUUCCUUUCAGAUAGUGCCAAGAACUUUUGGCUCUUGGAGUUACUGGCAAAUCUCUUCUGCCAGAAUAGUCUGGACAUAACAUUUUGCACCUCACUGUCUUUUCUUUUCUCUCCUUGGGGGCCAUGUGCCAUAAGCCUUUGGCCAGCAUUGGAAGAAGACACAACAGUACUGUGGCCAGGUCUUUUGAUGUGUUGUGGGUGGGGGGGACUUAUUCUACUCUCUUAGAAGAAGCACAGUUGCAGGAGACCAAAUGCUUAUGGUUAUCCUGUCUAAUGGAUGCAUUAUAAGUUGGGAGGGAGUGGAAGAACCCAUAAUCCCAUGGUGUUUCUUUGGCCUUUGGAAGAUCACUCCCUGGCAGACUUCCAGGCUGACUUAUUCUGGGUUCUCUUCAAGCUGGGUGAGAGUAUGGCCUGGACCUAUCUGUGAGUAAUCCCCACUGCCUCAGGCAUGGAAAACUUGGGAAUUUGAGGUUUUAGCAUUUAUAGAUCCCAUACUAAGAUAAGAUGAAUAUGGUACUCUACCAAGGUUACUGUUCAGUCAUGACCAGAAAUUGUAUAAAGGUUAAUGAAACUAUGAAAUCUUCUCACUUGCAUUUGAUGGCUAGAAUUAAGGGGUGUUUUUUCCUGAGUUACAUGUCACACUGGCAGAGAGACAGGAAGGAGGAGAGUCACGGCCUGAGCCUUCUCCUGGGCAAAUGGGAGCCUGUGGAUGGGACUGCAGGGCAGACUCCCAACUUUGCUUUGUAAAUUAGAGAAAGGAGGAGGCUUCAUAACUUGGGCAGUCUACAUCAGUAGUAUAUUCAAAAGUCAGCCUGACUUUUCCUCAUCCUAUGAGGUCUUCAUGCCCACAGUGGAGUGUUGCUGAGCCAAGACUAUGCUUCUAAAACAAAUUGGGGUCAUUCGCAGAAGCAUAUCCUGGCCUUGAGUGCAUAUUGCCAGGUUUAUCUCACUUGUUUGUAAUCUCAUCAGGGCAAUUAAUCAGUAUUGUGCAGUAAAAUUAUUAUGAAGAAUUUGUAGCCUCUAGGCAUAAAGCCCCCUAAGCCCACAGCACAAAGAGGAUUGGUCCAAAUCAACAAGAAGAAAAGACUGGUGUAAGAGUUCUGUGUCUGGACCUGACAUAAGAUGAGCCCAGCUGGGUCAGGUCACAGUGUGUCUGCUUAACUCAACAUCUUGCCUCUGAACAUACAUAGACUGAGGAAGAAGAGAGUAGGACUAACUGGGCAGUCUCAUGGUUGAAGCGUAUAAUGAGGUCUUCCCAAGGAUUGGGAGAGAGGCUUUUCUUUAGCUUGUUCAGAAAUGUUCUCGAGGCAGAGGUGGGCAGUGAGGCAGCCAGGUUUUCAGGUGACAACAAAUUAUUCAGGCUGGCAGAUGCUCAAAGUGAGUGGGAAUGAGCUCCAAAAGAGUCCAAACUUGUUGAACGAUCAUUACAGUGGAAAAUGUAUUUUGGUCUAUUGAAGUGAGACUGAUGCAUGUUGGGGCAAAAAAUUCUAACUUCACACAGGUGGGAACUAAACUCACGGUGAACUAAUCAGGGAAGCAAUAGUGGGGCUGUGGCAGAAAGCUCUGUGAAAGAAUUGGUCCUAGUGUGCGGCAGCCAUGAAAAGGGUGACUUCCAUGUUAGGAAUCAUUAAGAAAGGAUCAGAAAUUAAAAUGCCAACAUCAUAGUGCCUUUAUACAAAUUGAUAUUGUGGCCACACCUGUAUGCUCUUACAACUGCCACAACUUGUAAAGCUGGAAAAGGUGCAGUAAGGGACAACCAAGGUGAUGGGGAGGUUGGAGCAGACUCGCCUGUAAGGAAAGACUACACAGUUUGAGACUAAUUAAUUGGGGGUGAGGGGAAGGAAUUGAGGAAGUGGGAGAACUGAUGAGAGGCUUAUGGAAUUAUGGAUGGUGUGGAGAAAAGUGAAAAGAGAGAAGUUGUUCUGUCUCUGUCAUGUGGGUAAAACCCAUUGAGGCCAUCCGGUGAAACCAAAUGUUGGGACGUUCGGGGCAGACGAACGUACAUGCUACUUAUCACAGCACAUGCUUAAACUAUGGGAUUUGCUCCCCCACCCCUUGGGUAGCUCUAGAAGAGGAUUGAAGCAAUUCAUGGAGGAGAAUAAGGCUCUCCAUGGCUGCUAGUCAUGCUAGUUCAGGGACCACAUGGCUUUGGGCUUCCCUGUGGCAUUCUGGGGUGUGACACUUUCAACCUGAGCCAGCAGUGAUUUUUCAAAAGUAUGCAACAGAUCCAUGAAGGAUAAAGCAAUUGAUAGAACAGUUGACUGUGCUAGAAGGAUAGUCUUGUAUCUUAGGUAUGCCAAGUUCUGAAAGCCCUUUUGGAUCAGGCCAAAGGCCCACGUAGUCCAGUGUCCUGUUCUCACAGUGACCAACAGAUUUAUGAGUUCUGGCCUUUCUGUUGUUGCUGCUGAAGAACAACAGUCUUUUUCUCACAUUUGAGAUGGAAGGAGCAGAACAGAGGCUGUUUCUCUCCCUUCCAGAAGCAGUUUCAUGAUCUUCCUCACUCUUCCAGUGUCUGCUUUCUCUCCUCUCGCCGAUAUCUCAGAUUGUGUCUUGCAUGGAGACUCUGAAGUCACAGAGUUUACAAAUAGGGAGCUUGAGGAUCAGAGUCCCAGAAGCAGAGCACAGGAAGAACCUGCCUCCACUGCCCCCAGCCUUGCCUCCCGGACUGCCAUGACCCAACCCCUGCCUUGCUAGCCCUCCCUUCAUAGGAAGCCUGAGCCCCAGGGUGGAGUCUCCGUAGGAAGGUGGCAGCCAACGCACUUCUACUCAGAGUAGGUCUAUGAAUGAGUAAUGAAUGAGGCCACUCUGAGUAAAACCUUGUUGGAUGCCUUCCAGAAAGUUUCCUUUUGUGUCCAGGCUUCCCUGUGCAAGUGGGGUCACUUCCCCUAAGAGGAAAGGGAGCCUGUGAUUUAGAGAGGACUUGGUUUGGGAUUUAAAUGGUGAAGUUGGUUAUUCUGCCUUUUUAAGAUUGGGAGCUUUAUUUGCUAGAAGGACAAAAGAGAGGAAGUUUCUCCCCUCUGAAUCACUAAGCCGCUUUUUCUUGGGGUGGAGGGACUGUUCUGCACUCUUCCUCCCAGUCACGUUGGGCCUGCUCUGUAACAGUAGCCCCACUUAAGUUGUGCGGUCCUUUUAGAAGUUAUUUUAAACCCUUGGGAGUGUGUGCAGAUACUGUGACCUUGGAUAAAGGCAGCAGCAGCCCCCUUUGAGCCAGGCUGUUUCAGACAUCUGGGAAGAUCUCUGCCCACCCCCACUCAUUUAUUUCAAUGAUUUUAUUUAAAGGCAAAAGCUUGGUGGUUUAAACGGCUGGCUGAUCCUUCACCCCCAAUUUGGCUUUGCUCUGCUUCUUGGAGAUGGACUGAAGAAGGAAGAGGAACUCUCUCCUAGUUUAGCUGCUGAGAUGGCAACAGAGCAGCCUAUAAAUUGGUGGCUUGGGGGAAGCUGAAGCAGGAACAUCCAUGUGUGUGGUGGGGGGCUGGAGGAGGCUGAAGCACAGGAGGUUAAAGAUGUCUGUUCCAAAUACAGUUGACGAGAGACACUGUACUGUAAGUGUUCGUACGCGAAUGCCUCACUCUCUACGUCAGCAAAGGCGUUGAGUCCAACAAGCUAGAAAUUCCCAAAGGGUCAGACACCCCCACUAAUCCCCAAGAGUAAUUUAGUACUGGCAAUGUGCUAUCAUGCCCUGACCCAAAUGCUCAGGAGAGGAUGGAUUUUGGAGCCUAAAAACAAGGAGGCACCCAAAGGCAGAAGUGCUACAUGGUAGUGGAUGACUCCAGUUAUCCCCUCCUAGGCAGGUCCCAUAGAAUCAUAGAAUUGUGAAGUUGGAACAGGCCCUCAGGGUCAUCUAGUCCAACCCCCUGCAAUGCAGGAAUCUCAACUAGAUAGUACAUGGCAGACUUUUGAUUCAUAUUCUUUUUCACAGUUUGUUUAUAUUCAGCAUGAGACACUAUUGUCCUAGACAUGGGGGGGGGGGGAGAAAAUGGAGGAGGGAGAGGGUUGGGGAGGAAUAAUGAUUUUUUUCAUUCAGUUGCAUAGUGUUUGUGCAGGGUUUUUGUGUCACCAUCUCGUGGGUAUGCCCUUUAUUUACCAUAUAUAGUUAUUUGUUUUUAUUUGCAUUGUGUGAGAGAGAGGGGUCCAGAGCUUGGUUAGUUGCGUUCAGUUGAUUGCAGUGUGGCUUAUCAGGGGGAGGGGCAGUAGGUUGUGGGGUCAGGUUAACCACAUUGAUUUGUGUGCUGUUGUGGGGGAUAGUUCGUUGUCUUGUUGUGCUGUGCAUGUGAUGAAGGGGAACUCCUUUGCUUGUUCCUGUGCUAGUUGUAAGUUUGUCGGCUAACUUUUCUAAUUGGGCUGUUUCAUGUAUAUUUUGGUACCAGUGGUCCGUGUUCACUCCUAAUAGGUUCUUCCCGUGUCUAGUUACAAUAUUUCUAGCUGCUGAGAGCAAGUGACAUGAGUUCCUUGUCAUGUGCAUGUGUGUUGUUGACCUGGAAUAUGUUUAAUAGGGCUAGUUCUGGAGUUGCUUCUAUUACCUGUUUUGUUAUUUUGGAGAUUUCCUGCGGCAGUGAUAUCCAAAAGGAUUGAACCUUGGGGCAUUCCCACCACAAGUGGAGGUAUGUGCCUAUGUAGGUGCAGCCUCUCCAGCAUUUAGAUGAGGUUCCUGGGUGUACCAGCACCAGCUUACAUGAUGUUAGGUACCAUCUAUAGAUAAGUUUCAGAGUGAUAGUCUACCACCUUCUGAGGGAGUCUGUUCCACUGUCAAGCAACCCUUACUGUGAGAAAGUUCUUCCUGAUGUUUAGUUAGAAUCUCCUUUCUUGUAACUUGAAACCAUAGGUCCUAGACUCUGGAGCAGGAGGAAACUAUAUAGCUUAUUCCGUUUAUAGAUAUCUGAAAAUGGCUGUCGCAUCUCACCUUAGUCUCCUCUUUUCCAUGCUAAACAUACCCAACUCCCUCAACCGUUCCUCACAAGGCUUGGUUUCCAGACCCUUUAUCGUUUUGUUUACCUUGCUCUGCACAUGUUCCAGCUGGUCAAUUCUGCUCAGAACUGGACACAGGAUUUCAGGUGUGGUCUGACCAAGGCAGAAUAGAGUGGGAUUAUAAAUUCCCUUGAUUGGGACACUAUACUUCUGUUAAUGCAGCUUAGAAUAGCAUUAACAUUUUUUGCUGCUCCACACUGUUGACUUAUGUUCCACUUGUGGUUCACCAAGACUCCUAGAUCCUUUUCACAUAUACUGCUAGUAAGCCAGGUGUCCCCCACCUUAUAUUUGUGCAUCUGGUUCUUCCUGCCUAAGUGCAGCACCUUACAUAUGUCCCUAUUGAAAUUCACUUUGUCAGUUUGGGCCCAGUUCUCCAAUCUGUUAAGGUCACAUUGAAUCCCGAUUCUGACUUCAGGGGCAUUGGCUUCCUCAAUGAUGAGUUGAUAAGUAUCUCCUCAGUUCCUUUGUCCAAGUCAUUUAUAAAACAUUGAACAACAACAGGCCCAGUACAUGCGUGUUCCGGUCACAACAAGCAGGUAAAAUUUCUAGAUGUAUUGAAUGCCCUAGAAUAGCUGGCAGUGGAGCAGACCAGCUGGUCACUCCCCUGGACUUAAUCCAAAUGGAGCCUUGAAAAUUAUUCUAAGGUGCUCAAGUGUCCUCUGAUGAAACAUAAAAUUCUGCCCACAUGAGGAAAUAAGGUUGCCAGGAGAGCAUGUUGAAGGCGACUUUCCGUGUAAUGUCUGUGAAGAAAUGCAGAUGACGUAAAAGCUGUGUUUGGGGAGGCAGCAGAUUCUUGCAGGAAAUGAACCUGACCGCAAACACAAGAAUGUGCCAUUUCUGUGCCCCUUCACCACCCAGGAACUCCAAGCAGGCAGUGAGGGGUAUAGGAAGAGCCUUUGGGAAUGCUGAUGGGGAAAAUGAAGGCUCCGUCUGCUGCACCAUUUAAUGCAGUUGUACACCUUGCCUUUGGAUAACGCAAACAAGGCUGCUUCAGAGCAUGAGGAAGAGGCAAGCAAAGUCAGGCAAGCGCUUGAUGUCUCUUCUUAAAGGGAAGAAACAGCAAUAUGGUUUUGCUUUAAAAAGAGGCAGCCGUAGGAAAGGAGAGAUGGUUGGGGACCAUCCCAAGAAUGAAACAAUAAUGAGAGUGCACCCAAUUAAAUGAAAACUCUGCUUGCACUGCACCUAACCAAUGCCUAGAGUUCAUGGCCACAAGCUUUGAUUCAGCAGGUUCAGAGAAAUGAGUGAGACGUUGCUCUUUCUGUGGCUGUUAGCAAACCACUUUGAGACAUCUCCCCUUUUGCCUUGGCCAUUUGCCGGCUGGGAGGAAUGGGGAUGUUCCCUCUGAAGGGAUAUCUGCUUUGGCAGCAUUUCAUUUUGUGGCAUUUUGCUUCAACUGCUUUGUCCUAGAACAGUCCCAUGUACAGACACCCACAAAGACUUAUGCAGUUUUCAGUAUUAAUGUUGUUCAUCUCCCUUCAGUCUCAAGGGCAUUGGGACUUUGCAAAUAUGUCCCAGCUGGAGACACGACUUCUGGAUUUUCUCUUGGUCACAGCAUUGGUAGGAGCAGGUUGAGAGGCCUGUCUGGAGUUGUGCUCAGCAAUAUCUUUAGGACCAUUCUAUGGGAACCUGAGGAUGUAUUGAUGGGCACGGAUGUUGGUGACCUCACAAUGGAAAGCAAAUGAGAUGAACCUGUUCAUCUGCUUCAUGGUGUCCUUUCCCUUCCUCCUCUUCUAGAUGCAUCCCUUGGGACUCUGCAAUAGCAAUGAUGAAGAGGAUUUGUACGAAUAUGGCUGGGUUGGAGUGGUGAAGCUGGAGCAGCCGGAGGUGGAACCCAAGCCCUGCCUGACAGUCUUGGGCAAGGUAAGAAGACCCUCCCUGAGGGUGCAGAGGGCCAUGCCCUUGCCCCAUGCCACACCAUGCUGCCAGGAGACUUGUUUGGCGGGCCUCUUCAUUGUGCUGGUUGACUCCCAGGUAGAUGUGAGCUUGGUAGAGCACACACCCGAUCCUGGCAGGGGUGGGUGUUGUUGCUGCCAGAAGUUUACUCCUUGAUGCCCCUUCUCCAAAACGUGCUUCCAGGCUGCCAUGAUCUCUUGGUGUGCUGCUGGAUCUCCAUCACGGAGACUUGAUCCUGCACCAGUUGCUGCAAAGCCAAGUAAACAAUAGGAGAUUUGGUGUGCACUGCACAGUCCAAAUGGGCAAUGAAUGUUCACCCAGAAGGUGCAGAUUCAGGGCUUUUAUGCUGGAUGGUUUAGGGCUGCCACAUUGGAAUCUGUUUCCCUUCCUUCCCAAGAACAUCCUUUCCUUCAGACUCAGAGUGAACCCUCACUCCCACCAGAUGCUGGGUGUCUGUCUAAAGCCAGGUCUGUUGCAAGGCACUAAGUGCCCCAGCCCACUGCUGCUCUUAAUAAUGUCCCUCCUGGGCCCUCCGCUCCCCUCCCCAUUGACAGCGUAGAGCUCCUUCUGCCUUGGUCAGGCAGAGGCACCUGAGAGUCUCCCUCCACUGGAGAAUGACCCUAGUCCAUGAAUGACUCUUCCUUGCCAGAGAGGCUGUUCAGCUUUCCAUUUCCAUCUCCUGAUGUUGCUCUUGCCAAACUUAGAAGCUGGCAUAUUUCCAACUCUAAGUCUGUGUUUUGUGGCAAAGGUCAAGCUGGAUGCAUUCCAAGGUGGCCCCUUUUGGGGAGACAACCGCAGGCGUCACUGCAAGGGAGCCAUCGCUGCCCCCCCAGCCUCAGCUGUGGCUGCAAAUGGCUGCUGGCAGACCAAGAGCUGUGGUGGUCAGUGAGGCUGAGGCCAGGACAGCCUUUGGGAGCAGCACCAGGCAAAGAACAGCCCUGGGAUGGUGCGGGGCAGGGAGUGGCAGUCUUGACUCUUGCCAGAGGGCCAUUGGCAGGGCUGAGGCAUACCCUUUUUUAAAAAAAGGGAAAAAAGAAUGCUUAUGAGGUUCCUACCCACCUGGAAAAGUGUGAGAAGUUGAUACUGGUUUUUCUUAGCACUGUGCAAUGGGCAGCUGAGCCAGAAGGGCUUGAGUUGUGGUCCUGUUGGGUAUCUUCACUUAACGCAGGUGGGGGCAGAUGUUCUUCCAAGCAGGUUGUUGUUCCCCUGGAGAAUGUGUGCACCCUCACCCAGCAGCUCUCCAGGGAGCAAGGGCCCCCAGGGAAUACCUGCAUUAGUUCAGUGAUUCCUCACCCCCCCACACACUGUUCAUACAUACACACACAGUUCAUUUUGGCAGACUGGUGUCCACUGAUGGAAGAAGCUGCCUUACUGUCUGACUUCUAAAGUGGAGGACUUACCCCCCACAGCAGUGAAGAGUACUGGGUGGAUACCUUUGCUGCAUCAGACUGAUGUUCCUUUUGGGCAAAGUACCGUUCCUCGUGAGGCUGACCAGGCCUAGUUGGGGGUAAGGACACCAAGAGAGCAUGCAGGGAGCACCCUGGCUUCCAGCUGCUAAGGGCGCUGCUCCUUUCCAGGGUGAGGAAUAGGAUUCCCCUAGGGCAGGACUGAGGAACCUGUGGGGGCCUUCCAGGUGCGCUGGUGCUCCCAUCAGCCCUGACCAUUGGCCAUGGGGGCUGUCGGGAGUUGUAGUUCAGCAGCAUGAGGAGGCCAAGAGGGCAUUCCUGUGAUAAAGGCAGGUGGCUGACGGUGGCUGGUUGUGAGAGAGGGCUUAGUGAGGUCAGAAGAAGCUGUUAGGACAACUGUGAAGUGGCACUAUCCAUCUCCUUGCUUUUAUUUCUGGGAUGGGUGCAGAGGAGGGCAACCAAGAUGAAGCCUUAUAAGGAACGGUUGAAGAAUGAAGUAUGGGUAUGUUGAGUCUGGAAAAGAGGAGACUGGGAGGAGAUAUGCUAGCCAUCUUCAGAGAUCUCAAGGGCUGUCACCGGGCCAUUUGUCAAGGAUGCUUUAGUUGAGAUUCCUGCACUUCAGGGGGGGGUCAGACUAGAUGACCCUUGGGAUCCCUUCCAGCUGUACAGUUCUAUGAUUCUGUGAUUUUGUGUUUGUGCUCGGGUGCUACCUUGAGCCUGAAGCAUUGUGCAAGAAAGGCAGUGGUGCUAUUGCUGCUUUUCUAUAGGGAAUAGAAGAUCCCAUCCUCUCCGCCCCCCAUGCUCUGACUCCUCUGUUGAAGUGGGUAUUAACGCCCAACUCUUCAUUUCCAAGUGGGCGCAGCAAGACAAGCAUCCUCCCCUCUCUUUCUGGUGCCUGUACCCUGCCCUCCUCUCUGAGGACUUGGCUCUGUUGGGGCUGCGGCAGGUGGGGGUGUUUGGAAGGGUGUUGCCCCCUUGACUGAUCAAGGCAUCUUGAGGGCUGUUCUUGACUGAUCCGAUGAUCUUCUGAAUAGAAUGGCCAGUCUGGGGGCAGAGAGGGGAGAAGAGUCGAGAAGCCCUGGCCUCAUCUGGACAAGAUUUUCCUUCCUGAAGGCCAGCUUGAUUCUGCUAGGUUAAUCCUGCCCCCUUCCUUCGGAGGUGGGGGGGGGAGGAGGUUGCUUUGAGCCAUGGUGGCGCACAGGCCGCUGUUUCUGCUGCUGCUGCUGGUUCCCAGGCUGGGAACCCACUGAGCCUGUUUCCAUGGCCACCACAAAAAGUGUCUGAUGCCGGCUGCUUCAAAGAGACACCCACCCCUGCCACCAGGCCUUCGUGUUGUGGGGAAAAGGAGCAGAGGCUGCCUCUCUGGAGUUGUCAACACCAGGUUGCUCCAUAUCAGCCCUUCCUUUUCCUGGAGAUUUUGGCGAAAGGACUGGGAGGCUGGCCAAAACCUCUCCAUCGAGGAAACGGCUUUGAGGAUCCUUAGCUGAAGAAAUUCUUCCCAGAUUUUGUGAGUCAGAAAUACCUGACCUUGUCUGUGGAGAGAUGCUUCUCUGCAUUAGCUGUGACCCCCCCACACACACUGGGGUGGGGUGGGAUUUUGGCUCGUUUUGGCUAACAAGAUUUGCAACUUUCACUCAAGUUGGGCUUCUUGGAAAGUGAGCAAUAUGGCCAAUGUUUAAAAAGGAAUCAGGGGUGGGGAGUGAGGAAGCAUGUGAGUUCUUCUGGGCAAUAAAUAAGUGGGAAGCAUGAUCAAGGAGAAUUUGUAAGUGUUAUGAAUAAGCAAAUGAUAGCAAGGUGGUCAAUGACUUCUAGUCACAAUGCCUGUGUUCUACCUCCACUGUCAGGAGGCUGCAGGUCUCUGAAUACUCGCUGGGAAUUGCGGGGUGUGUGUGUGGGGGGGGGCUUUUAUUGGAGCAUCUUGUUGGCCGGCGUGAGAAGAGGAUGCUGGACCAGAUGAGCUUCCUUGGGCCUGAUCCAGCUGCCAGGCUCUUAGGUUCUUUAAGAGGGUUUGCAAGCCUCUGGACAAGGGUGUAGGUACUGGGUACCCCCUUUGUUUCCCCUGCCCCCCUAUUUAUUUCCCCUUUCCACAUCCAGCAUUGGCGGGGGGGGGGGAUAAGAGGCAUUGUUAUCCACCCUGCUUCUCCUUUGUACACAUAGAACACAAAGGGCUUUCAAAGCCUUCCCAUGUGUCUCCUUUGCUUCUCUGAUGUUGGAGGUGGAAAUGGAAAAAAUGGGUGGAAAUAGGGGCAGCUUCAAAGAGCAGCCCUGGGAGGGAGAAGUGGUCCCCCCCCCUUUGAGCAAGGGGUGCCGGUUGAUAGACAGUGGGAAGCAUGCCUUGCUCCAGCAAAGGAGCAGUCAGGAGUCCGCUCCUUUAAAGUCCCACCUCCAGCCCACGAUGCCAUGUAUGACUUCAUGUGUAGUAUAAUAAUAAUAAUAAUAAUAAUAAUAAUAAUAAUAAAUUAUUUAUACCCCGCCCAUCUGGCUGGGUUUCCCCAGCCACUCUGGGCGGCUUCCAACAGAAUAUUAAAAUACAAUAGUCUAUUAAACAUUAAAAGCUUCCCUAAACAGGGCUGCCUUCAGAUGUCUUCUAAAAGUCCGAUAGUUGUUUUUCUCUUUGACAUCUGGUGGAGAGGCCUAGUGGGCCAAAUUUAGCCAUUGGGCCAGAGGUUCCCCACCCCUGAAAUGAACCAUAACAUCUGGUUCCACAUGGCCAACUUGGGAGCUUUCAGUCAAAGUGUCCAGAGUGGCCGAGGGAAUCGCCGGUGUUCUUGGAUUCCAGAGCAGAGCUGAGGUGCAAUUCCAAACUAAACACGAGCUACCUGUAAAGUCGAAAAGGAAACCCCUCCCCUCCCUCCUGGUUCCUCCUUUGCAAGCUAAAUAAAUGGAAAGACCCAGCAUUGGGGAAGCAAUGGUGUGGGUCUCUUGCUCCCCUCUUGCCAUAGUGUCAGGCAUGGAGGAAUAUUAGGAGUUCCAGGGGGCUUCUGGACAAGCUGCUCUGUUUGGGGUGGGAGCCGGGAACUGACUUCAAACUCUCCUCCCAAAAAUGCUCUCCACGUGGGCCCUGCAAUAUGACUGGUGCCAAAGCCUGCAACCCGCCCUGAGACUAUGGCAUUGGCCUGCUUGUCUGCAAGGGACUAAUGAGCCUGCCUGCCUGUUUAUUGGCAGUGGUUAACCUCUCGCAAGUUAGCGCUCCCUCGCAAGCCAUGUCCGCAACCGCCAGCACCGCAGUGUCCGUGGUGAGGGGGCUGGGUGCCAGGCAAAUAGGCAUGGCUGGCAGAGAGGGCAGAGGACAGAAUGCCCACGCUGGAGAGCAUGCAGGAGAAAGUGGGUCUGGCUUUCCUAGUCAAGCUUUUUAUUCCUGCAAUGCAAGGCCAGGGGGAACAACCCGCAGGCCCUUUGCCUCUCUGUCUCUCUGUCACCAGAAACAUUUGCUUGGAGCAGGUGUCCCAAAAGGAGCCGACCUGCUGGGAGACGUUCUCCAAGCAACGCCUUCCAUCUCAGCUGGUCUGCUGUGGAGCGGCUUUGGCAAACGAGACCCCUAAUCAGAGGUGGAAGGGUUUCUGUUUUUGUUUUUCUGUAAUCCUUAUCCCAAGGCUUCUGCAAUGCAACUCUGUUCCUCUGAUUGUGUGGAGAAAAGUUUCCAGUUUUGUAAUAACUCUUCCUUUUGAAAUGAAGCAACAUGUGAAUUUGGGACGCAGAGUGGCGUGGCCUCCACAAGAGCCAUCCAGGGAGCAGGAGCAGCUCUGCAAGAACCCCACAGAGCCAGGCUGGGCACAGAGCAGCUUUCCCGGGCGAUGGGGAAGGGAAGAUGUUUCUCGGGGACCAAAGCAGCAGCUGGGGAGGAAAGGGGCUGUGCUGCCGAUGGUGUGUUGCUGGGGGGGGGGCAGUAAUUGAGAGAAGGAGGCUUCCCCUGGCUAACAGAAUGAUAAGGCAUGCAUUAUUCCUUGGCAUGAAGGAAUGAUGAUGAUGAUGAUGAUGAUAAUAAUAAUAAUAAUAAUAAUAAUAAUAAUAAUAAUAUAUCCCGCCCUCCCCAGCCAAAGCCGGGCUCAGAGCGGCUAACAACAGUAAAAUAAAUACAACAUUCUAAAAUCAUUUCAUUAUAAAAUUAAUUCAAAUCAGAUUAAUGGCAACCAUUGGGCUAGAGUUCUGUGAGGAUUACCAAAGGAGGGGGUCAGGCUGUGCCCUGGCCAAAGGCCUGGUGGAACAGCUCUGUCUUGCAGGCCCUGCGGAAAGAUGUCAAGUCCCGCAGGGCCCUAGUCUCUUGUGAAAGAGCGUUCCACCAGAUUGGAGCCACUGCUGAAAAAGCACUGGCUCUGGUUGAGGCCAGCCUAACCUCUCUGUGGCCCGGGACCUCCAAGAUGUUUUUGUUUGAAGACCGUAAGGUCCUCCGUGGGACAUACCAGGAGAGGCGGUCCUGUAGGUACGAGGGUCCUAGGCCGUAUAGGGCUUUAAAGGUUAAAACCAGCACCUUCAACCUGAUCCUGUACUCCACCGGGAGCCAGUGCAGCUGGUAUAGCACCGGGUGAAUGUGAUCUUGCAGCAAGGACCCCGUAAGGAGUCUCGCAGCAGCAUUCUGCACCCGCUGGAGUUUCUGGGUCAGUCUCAAGGGCAGCCCCACGUAGAGUGAGUUACAAUAAUCCAGUCUGGAGCUGACCAUCGCGUGGAUCACAUUCACUGCACGUCUUCCUGGGUACUGUGGUAGACCUUUGCAAGUUAUUAAUGGUGCCAGUGCAAUUUCUGGUCCCUCUCUUUUGAGGUCCUGAUCCUGCAGUGGUGGUGGAAGGGUGUUGCAAUGCUGCAGUUGCACAGAACGUGGCUGCAGAUGGUGUGGGUGGCCCUCUCUUUCUCUGUGCCCCACCCCACAUCUGAGAAGUAAAAAUUCCAAGCAUUCAGUCAUAGAAAGAAAAAUGGAGCUGUUGAUUUGCAUCUGCCUGGUGGAAUGGUUCUUGCUCUUAUCCCCACCCCCAUCUCUCCCAGUUGGCCGCUCUGCAAUGUUAGAGGAGAUGCACACCUCCUCCUCAAAGCACAGAGGGAACCAGGCAGAGGGCCUUGUUGGUGGUGGCGCCCGCCCUGUGGAAUGCUCUCCCAGCAGAUGUCAAACAGAUAAACAGCUACGCGAUUUUUAAAAGACAUUUGAAGGCAGCCCUCCUUCAGGGAAGCUUCUAGUGUGUAAUGUUUUGUUGUGUUUUUACUAUUUUUGUUUGCCUGGAGUGGCUGGGGCAAGCUAGUCAGAUGGGCGGCAUGUAAAUUUAUUAUUAUUAUUAUUAUUGGAGCAGCAUCGUCUUUCAGGGGGCCCAGCGCUUGCCAGGAGAUGAGCAGCAGAGGCACCUGCUCUGUUCAGUGUCCGCUGGUUUUCGUCAGGGUCAUCUUCGCUCCCAUCUGCACCUAUAAAUUUGCAGCAGCUUCAUACCACUUUAAAGCAGCCAUGGCUUGUCCCAGAGAAUCCUGGAAGGUGUAGUUUUCUCAGGGUGCUGAGAGCUGUUAAUGUUACUGUGUGCCUGAACAUGUAUGUGUGUCACCACUCGUGGUGAGAUACACAUACUGUCAAAGAGUUUUGGAUGCUUUUGCUGGAGCUAUAGCCUGCUUUCCAUUUAUGAAUACGUGUUUUACCCUUAUGCCCACAAAAAGUUAUUAUUACACAAAAGGAAAAGAAGGUUGUUUUUUACAUGAAAUGAAAUUGACAAAAUAGAUAUAGGUGUCUCCCCACUUCUGCGGGGGUUACGUUCCCAGGUACUGCACUUAACAUGUGAAAUCACAUAUAGUGGGGAGCACCAUCUAAAAAGCAAAACUCCACCAAAAAUCUGCCGGACUCCAGCUUUCCACAGGCCUCAAAGGUUGGUGCAGAGCAGGGCCGUAGCGAGGGGGUGGCGAAGUGGGCGGCCGCCAGAGGCGCAGGCGGGAAGGGGGCGCUAAAUCAAAGUCGGUGCCUUUCCUGAAACUGGCACCCCAGCGCUGCAGGAGGCUCUGGGCUGCUUCUGGCAUGCUCCCAGCGCUGCUCCGGCACCAUUUUCACCCUCGGGGCUGCGCCAGGGUGGUUGGCUGGUGCUGGAGGAGAGGAGGGCUCGUGCCCGGCAACCACCGCUCCAUCCAGCGCUACUCAAACCCAUCUGCCACCGCAACCAAGCCUGGUGGCCGCCUCUGCGCCAGCUCCGCCUCCCCACCAUCAUGCUUGGUUGUGCCCGUCCCGCCUUCCUGCUCUGCUCUCAGGCGCAUUUGGAGCCCUGGUGACACUGGGGAGUGAGUGCGAGGCUGGGCGGGUGCAGGCAAGGGGGCGCGCAAAAUCAUAGGGAGAGGCAGCCCCCCCAACCACACCCCUUAAUAACCCCAGACUUUGAGGGAACGGGCUGAGCCUUCGCCUUGCGCUCUCCAAAGCGCUGACUCUCCUGGGGUGGGGUGGAGCGGGGGAGGCAGUUGCAGCCCCCGCGGAGUUAGUGCGCAGUCACCGGGUGCUCCCUUACCUCCCCCGAGGAGGAAGGUGGGAUCCACACGGCUGCCCCCCUCUCCGGGCGCGCACCAGGAGGGGCCCAGCACCUGCCAGUCCCAUCUGCUGGCAGCCGCCGCCAGGGGCUGAGCCCACCAUCGCCCCAUGAGAAGCAGAGGAAGGCGAAAGCACAACGGGGUCAGGAAGGCGCAAACGGAUGCCCCCUCUCCGGGCUCCGGAUUCUCACACCCCUCGCAUUUAAUGUGAACUUAAAGCAAGCGAGCAGAAGCCUUGCCGUUUCUCCCUUCAUUUCAUAGGUGCUCUUCUGCCUUGUAGGAGGGCUGCGAAAGGGGCGCGUGGCCUGUGCGGAUUGAUGCCAUCCUGAAGGGCUUUUGGGGUGGGGAGAGGCCCAGCCGCAACGGCAGACCCCGGAGCCUCUCUCUCCAGGGACUGCCUCUCAUCCGCAUGGAAGAGCCAAGUGCCGCCCGCUGCUCUGGAUCACGGAAAAUACGGGGAAGAGUCUUUCCCACCAGGGUAGGACUUUUGAGACAGAAGGCCAGGUCACCACCACUCGGGAAUAAGCAAGAGGGUCCACAUAGCUUAGAAAGUUGCUUCAAGAUAUAAAUUUUACAAAUAACAACAUUUUGUUUGUUUGUUUUUUAAAAAACUGUUCUCCAUCAAUUACCGGUACAGUGGUACCUUGGGUUAAGAACUUAAUUCGUUCUGGAGGUCCGUUCUUAACCUGAAACUGCUCUUAACCUGAAGCACCACUUUAGCUAAUGGGGCCUCCUGCUGCCGCCGCCACACGAUUUCUGUUCUCAUCCUGAGGUAAAGUUCUUAACCUGAGGUACUAUUUCUGGGUUAGUGGAGUCUCUAACCUGAAGCGUCUGUAACCCGAGGUACCACUGUAAUGAGAACUGAACUUUCCAUUGAGAAUUAUCAAAGGGGUGGGGUAAAGGGUCACCACCUGUCCUAUUUAAUAUAGGAUUGUUCCUUAUUUCAAAGUUGUGUCCUAUGUUGAUUCAGUACAGGACAGUUUGCCCGGUCUUUCUCCUAUUUCUGCUCUGCUCCUGUACUCUUUUUCUCUCUCUCUUGUGUGCGAAGUUAAGGAUCCUCUCUAAUUGCCUGCCUCUGCUCUUACAGGAAAGACACUUUUUCUGGCUUGGCUGGAGAAACUGUCUCAGCUUUCCUUUUUUCCCUUUCCCUUUCUUUUCCUUUUUCCUUUCCUUUCUUGUCCUUGCUCCCUCUCCUCAUUCGAGCCCCAAGGAGGAGCAAACCUGGGCAAGACUUUCAUGUUGUCCCUUUCAGUUCCCUGAAGCCUUGGCUGGGUUAAGGUGACCAUCUGCAGAGUUGCAGCCUGGGAGCACUGGGCCCCCUCAGGCCAUUUUACAUCAUAUUUUCUUCUUCUUUGACAAUCCCUCGUAGCCGAGUAAGAUUGUUUUCCAUAAACACGGCUUUAACACAGUAAGUGACUGUGGAGGCCAGUUCUGGAUCCACACGUCCUUCCACAGUAGGGACAUAGGUUUCCUGGCAGGAGUUCAUCAUGGUGAAGGUUUGCCAAGCGUGCCUUCCUCUUAGCACGUUUCUCCCUUGCGUCCUGCGUUCGAGCAUCUUCAAAGCCCAUGACACCUUUGGUCAAGGCUGUUCUCCAACUGGAGCGCUUGCAGGCCAGUGUUUCCCAAUUGUCGGUGUUUAUACUCCAUUUUUAAAGAUUUGCCUUGAGACAGUCAUUAAACUUUUUGUGUUGACCACCGGCAUUACACUUUCCAUUUUUAAGUUUGGUAUAGGGUAGUUGCUUUGGAAGACGAUCAUCAGGCUUCCGCACAACAUGACCAGUCCAGUGAAGUUGAUGUUAAAGAAUAAUUGCUUUGACACUGGUGAGCUUUGCUUCUUCCAGUACACUGGCAUUAGUUUACCUCUCUUCCCAAGUGAUGUGUAAACAUUUUCGGAGACACCGUUGAUGGAAUCUUUUGAGGAGUUGGAGAUGGCGUUUAUAAGUAGUUCAUGUUUCACAAGCAUACAGUAAGGUUGGUAGUACAAUAGCUUUGUAAACAAGCAUUUUGGUUUCCCUGCCAAUGUCCCAGUCCUCAAACACUCUGCACUCACAGAGCUUAGGCGAUGCUGGAUUUCGGCAUCAGUGUGGAAAGAUAACUGCCCAGGUAGGAGAAGUGAUUGACAUUUUCCAGCAUCACACCGUUGAGUUGGAUUUGUGGUGCUGAAGAGGGAUUGUUUUGUGCUUGUUGGUGCAGCACUUUGGUUUUUUGGGUGUUGAGCGAUAGGCCAAGUUUUUCGUAAGCUUCUGCGAAGAUACUUAGGAUAGAUGGAGGUCAUUCUCUAAGUGUGUGCACACUGCGUUGUCAUCAGCAUGCUGAAGCUCUAUGACUGAAGUUACCUUACUCUUUGCUUUCAGCCUGCUCAGAUUAAAGAGUUUUCCAUUUGUUCGAUAUAUGAUUUCUACUCCAGAGGGGAGUCUCCCAUCGACAAAUUGUAGGAUCAUGGCAAUGAAAACACAGUGGUACCUCGGUUUACGAACACUUCAGGUUACAGACUCCGCUUACCCGGAAGUAGCACCUCGGGUUAAGAACUUUACCUCAGGAUGAGAACAGAAAUCGUGCCGUGGUGGCGCGGCAGUAGCGGAAGGCCCCAUUAGCUAAAGUCAUACGUCAGAUUAAGAAUGGUUUCAGGUUAAGAAUGGACCUCCGGAAUGAAGUAAGUUUGUAACCAGAGAUACCACUGUAAUGAAUAGAGUUGGGGCGAUAACACAACCCUGUUUAACACCUGAUCCCACUGUGAAUGGUUCACUUUGGGAGCCAUUGUUAUCUGCGAUUGUUGCUGUCAUAUUAUCAUGGAGGAGCCGAAUGGUGUUCGCAAAUUUAUCUGGGCAGCCAAUUUUCAGGACAGUCCACAGGGCAUUACGAUUUACAGUGUUGAAGGCCUUAGGUCAAUAAAUUCCAUAUAGAGGGGUUGGUUUUGCUCUCUGCAUUUUUCAUGAAGCUGUCAAGCAGUGAAAAUCAUGUCCACUGUCCCCCUAGAAGAUCUAAAACCAUUUUGGGAUUCAGGGCGGGUCGCCUUGUUAGGAGACGGUUUGCUAAGAUCCUUGCAAUAAUUUUGCUGGCCGCAGCCAAUAAAGAGAUGCCUCAAUAGUUUCUGCAAUCCGUUCUGUCAUCUUUUUUAAAGAGAUUGAUAAUUUUGGCACCCCUAAAGUUUGCUGGGAUCUCCUCUCCCAGAUUUUUUUUAAUAUGGUAUUAUAAUGUAAAAUUAUCAUUGUGGAACAAAUCAGUUUGUAUGUUAUUGUUUGUAUGUUUCAUUUAGACCUAUCUGUAUUGUUUUACAACUGAAUUACAUUUUAAAAACCCUCUCAACUCACAUCAAAAUGUCAUUUUCUUUGCGGAAACUUUUUAUUAAGAAAUAAUAAAUUAAAUAUUGGGUUUUCUGUGAAAAAAUUCAUUACAAGGUGAAGUGCGUGAGGAAUUGAAUGGGUGAAGGGGGGGUUGGAGGAGAGGCGAAAAGAAGAGCUAAUUUGUCCAUCGCUAGGGGGCACAAUCUGUACGGUUCUGCCAGGGGCGCAAGAUCUCCUAGCUAUGGCUCUGGGCCAGAGGGAUUGCAGUUGCAAAGGCUCCUGGGAUUGCUAGCUGUUUUGCUGCUCUUUUCACGCCAUUUUUGCAGUUUAAAUUGAUUGAUUUCACUAUUUCCUGGUGCCUGCGAGUUGAAUGCAGGUAAGUGGGGAGACGCCUAUAAAGCUGCGUCAGACAGCAAAAUUACAGUUUAAGCAGCCAGGAAAUCCUACAAUGUACCCACACCUUGAUCUGAAGAGUGGAAGAUUAUUCCAUUUUUUCAAAAGUCUAUGAGCGUGACAGUUUUGGCAACAGAACCCACACUGCUCCUAAGUUAAGAAAUGGAAAGGGAGGGGAGGAAGAGGAUCCCUGUUCUUCCUUGGGAUCCCUGAAUGAAGGUCCUCUGUGGGUCUGGGGGAGCCAGCUGACCUUGGCCAAGGCAUCCCAGUGGAGGGGGGGCCUUGAGAUGAGCAAUUUAUACAAUUUCUAAUAGUCCUGUUGUCUUUCCCCCAGAGUUCCUGCCCAGCUUCACCUCACUCACCUUCCAAAUUUAGUGUUUGAAAUAAAAUCAUCCUAGAGGGCUGUGACUGAACUGGUUAUCUUUUGUCUGCUCUCUGACUUCAAGUUGUGUUAGCCAUUAUCUUGAUGGCCCCCAUUCAGGUGGUGAAGAGACUGCAGUGGCAACUAAUUUUACAUGUGCUGACCUUUAUGCAAGGUGGAAGGAGCUCAGGAUGUUUCCAGAAUGCCUUCUGGACAUGUUUUGAGAUCAGACUUGUGCUGAGGUCCUCAUGGAGCUCCUCGUGGAGCGUCUCCUGUCAUAUUAGAGUUAUGUCAUUUUUCUUCCCUAUGCCAUGAUCCAUAGUAAUAAACUACAGAAUAAGUUCAGAUUCACACACAGCCCUAUUCACCUUAGUCCCCUCACAGAGCUACGGUCCCUCUUCCCAGGGCUGCUUCUUCUUGCUGUUUUGGUGUGCAUUUUGUCUUCUCAUUUUGCAUGUUUAGGUUGUGUACUGCCCAGGGAUCUUCAGAUGAAGGGUGGAAUACAAAUUUAAUAAAUAAAUAUAAUAAAAUAAAACUCUGGGAGUUGUAGCUCUGAGAGGGGACUAGGGGUGUUCAAAUAACUCUCAGCACCCUGAACAAGCUGCAGUUCCCAGGAAGCAAUGGCUGUUUAAGGUGGCCUGAUCCUGCUUUCAAGAUGAAGCCUUGGUCAGGUGUUGGCACUGAGCCUUGCUCACAAAGCUGCCAGUGAAAUUGGCGCUGAGGAGGAGGAGGAGCCGCCUUAGACUCCUCACUGCCGGCUCUCUUGUUCUUUUCCUCCUCCUCCUCCUCUCUCCUCCUUCUUGUCCGUGCAGCAUUCGGGGGACCAGAUUCUGCCUUGGAAAAGAGAGCACCUCUUUUGUCCAGCCCAUCCGUGCGCAUGGCGGGCAGCCCAGGGUGCAACUGCCCCCCUUUCCUUUUUUGGACCUGGAGCAAAAACCUGCCAAGCUGCCCCCCCCCCCAGUGCUGCUCUGGAGGUUGCCAGGGAAUCUCCUUCGCCUGAAGCAGCAGCAGAAAUGGAUGGCAUUCCUUCCAAGGCUCUGUGUCUUGUACCAGGGGGCAGGUAUCUAAUGUGAGCUGAGGCUGCCUUCAAUGGGAAAACUCUGGAAAUGCUGUUCUAAGAACUGCUGCUGCCCCUGGUAUAAAAGCAGAAAGGGAAUCCUGACCAUGAGUCAGUAGCCCUGGGGAGCCGCAAGCACCCCCCCCCGCUCUCACUUAUUUGGGGUCCUUAUUUGGGCCAAGUGUCAAAAGGCCUGGGGAAGGCAGUUUUCCAAGCACCUCUGUUUGAAGGCUGGCCAACCCAGCUCCUCUUUAAAGGGGGUUCACCUAUAGCCCAUCCACAGGGAGACCUGGGCUGCAGGCAGAGGAGGAGAGCAGCCCCCCUCCAGGGAUGGCAGGUGAAGGACCACCACUUGCCUAUCUCAGUCAGGGAUUCAACUUCUUCCUCACAUCUCAUCUGGGCUCUGCUGCUGGGGGGGGGGGGCUGUGAUUCAGCUGGGGGGGCUAUCAAAGGCCUCUUUGCACUUCAGUUACCCUGCCAGGGAGGGGAGGGGGAAGGCCUUCACCUCUUCCUAUUCUUCCUUCUUGCGGUGGGGCAGGCAGGCAGGCAGCCACCUGUGUAGUCCCGUCAGUCACCCCCCCCCAGCAGGUGGUGGGCUGGCGGAGUUGCAUGGAGGGGGGCUGAGGCUCCAGCCUGCUCCAUGCUGCUGCUGCUGCUGCUCCUGUGGCUUCAAAGCUUGCCUGAGAGCAGAGCAGAGGAGGAAAUGGAAGAGGGAGGGAGGGAGGAGGACUCUGCAUUCUGUGGUGGUUUGUGGCUUCUCUGCUUUAAUCUCCUGCCAGGGAAACCUGGAAGGUCAGGCCAAGUUGCAGCGAAGCUGCGGAGUGCGGAGCAGACUGGAAUGCAGGAGUGGAGCCUCCCCGCCUGGGCAAGCCACCCAAAUCUCUCGCUCUGGGGUGGGGGCUCUCAAGCCGGGCAAAGGCGUCCUGGCUUCCUUUCUUACUCAGCAGAGGAGCUGUCGUCGGGGUGGCAUCAGCCGUGGCAUAACUGCCCUGGACUGUUCCGGCAGCAGAACCCAAGAGUUGAAGAUUGGGAGGGGGGGCGGUGUUGUUUUAUGGGCAGGGGCGGGGUGGCUCUGAGAAUGAUGUGCUUUGAGAUCUCCUUUUUGCCCCCCCCCCAGUAGGUUAGGCUAGUGUGCCCUUUCAGGAGGGGGUGGACAAGGAUGAGGUUGUUGGGCACAGUUUGUGUGGUCAAAACUACACAAAAGGCCGGAGAGGAAGGGAAAGACUUCAUGCAACACUGCAGAGGGUUGAGUUUUCCUUUGAAGAGCAGCGGCCUUUGUGGCCUUUGUGUCGGAUGACAUGGGAUUUGAGGGGCAGUUCCUGCCACUGGAGAUGAUCUGCCCAAAGCGCUUUGGGGCAUCAAGUGGAGGCUUGUCCAGCUCAUGGCUGACCUCUUGUGGCCAGUGCCAGGAGCUGCCUUUCUUGGGAGGGGAUUUUUUCCUCCUCCUUGAGCUGCUGUUGACAGGCUGGGAAGGCAAGCGGGGCUGGAGUUGAUUCUCUUUCUGUCUCUCCCUCCAACUUUCCCUCUCCACUUCCUGCAGGCCAAGCGGGCAGUUCAGAGAGGGGCCACAGCUGUCAUCUUUGACGUAUCUGAGAACCCAGAUGCAAUUGACCAGGUAUGCAGUAUCAAGUGUCUUUGUAUUGUGAAAGGGGAGGGUGCUCAUCGUUUGUUUGUACAGUUGUUGGUCCUCUGCUAAUGGGGGACUGGUGUUUCCUGGUGAGCCUGCAAUCUGCUUCAUUGCCAGAAAAAGGUUGAUUUGCGGGGAGUAGCUUAACCUUUCGCCAUUUUGUUCUAGUUGAACCAGGGCUUGGAAGACCCCCUGAAAAGGCCCAUUGUGUAUGUGAAAGGAGCAGAUGCUGUCAAAUUGAUGAACAUUGUCAACAAGCAGAAGGUUGCCCGUGCCAGGAUUCAGCACCGGCCUCCACCGGUAAGGCGCCCCGGCAGGCCCCUGUCAGGGCUUUCUGUGGGCUGCUCCCCUUCUUUAGUGCAGCUUGCUAACUGGCGGGCAGAGGCCUGCAAGCCCAGCUGGGAUCUUAGUAUUUAACCUUAAGUUAACAAAAAAUAAUAGAAAUGUUUAGGAAAUUAAUCUUCAGAUUAAAAUAUAAUUCCCUCUCUCCAGUUGAAUAGACUGCAAACAUGCUCCAGAACACCUCCUCCAUCUUUCUUUCUCCCUGCUCCCUUUUCUGGUUGCUUGGCUCUCGCCUCUUGGCCCAGGUGCUGAUCAGGGUCCCCCAAGGACCCACCACUGGACUGACCUCGUGGCACCGGUGGAGGGCUGGUCUUCUGCCUCUUUUCUCACUUCCUCUUUUUUGCAAAUGGAGCUGAAAGUGUAGUUUGUCAAGGUCAUUUUUGGGAUUUCUUGGCGAAGCUGAGCUGUAAGAUUCUGACCCAGUGGCACUCUGCCUUGCUCCAGGGGAAGGCUGAGCAUACAGAUAUCACUUCCGGCUGGCCUGCGCUUCCAGAAACAUGUUUGGGUUGAGUAAACAUUCUUUAGGGACUUUCACCUCUUAGUACUAGACAGUUAAAAGCAGCCAAACCCUCCCCUGCCUUCAGAAGAGCCUAAUGAAAUCCAAGCAAUUGCUUUCUAGUGGCAUGCUAUAGAAAUGGCUCUUGCAGUUAACAGCUGCAUGGGAAAGAAGUCUUGUCACCGCCAAAUGAAGAGGGCACAGUUAUCAGUGGAUGCCUUGAAGCCAGUAGCUGGUGGAAGAAAGAGUCGCCAGCCCAGACAGAGGCUUGUGGAGUUGGACAUAGCAAUUCCUAGUAGGAGGCUGGGCAGGGGGAUUGGGUCUUGGUGGGCAGGUGGGUGAUGGUUGCUCAAAAAGGCACUUGAGUGAAUGGGCAAAGUCCUUGUAUUGGGGGUGGGGUGGGGUCUUUGAAAGUGCCUUUCCAUGAAAACUAAUCUCACAGGAGCAAAUCACUUCCCAAUGAAAAGUUGAGGUUUUCAUAUGUGAAAGCCCUCUUCUAAAGCUGGCUUGAUUCAGUCAUGAAAAUGUUUGCUCAGAGAUUUUAGUAAUGGGGAAGGGUGCUGAUUUCAACUAUUGAUGCAUCACAGAAGACAAAUGGACUGAAUUAGCGCCAGGCUUUGGGAUGUAGAAUUCCCUUUCACAGAGUGAGAGCACAGAGAACUAUUUUAUGCAGAGUCAGACCUUUGGUCUAUCUAGUUUAGUAUCAUUGACGCUGCCGAGCAGUGAGCUUCUCUGCGAUUCUUCAAGCCAAAGAUCUUUCCCAGCGCUACCUGAAGUUGUCAGGAAUUGAACCCGGACCUUUUGUGCCCAAGGCACGUUGCAGGCAAGGAUUGUGAACCAGGUCUCUGAGGUGGGGUUUCACCUGGCAUUCAGCUCACUUCCAGCCAGGGACAAAUCUUUGCAAACAGCAAACACACACUUGUCAGAGGAAUAGGAAACAGGUUCUGUGAAUGCACAAACCCUGGAGAAUUUCUUAUGAAAGCUUUCAGCAAACUCUGAAAUCUCGGGAUUCCUUUUGGUGUCUUUUGGGUGUGGCCUACCUCAAACUUUAACCGUUCCAGUUUAGUUCAACAUGUUAGCUGCUGCUGCCAGCUGAAAAAUCACUGCCUGCUUAGAAUGUAACCAAAAGGCGUAUGUCAUUGAGCUGGAAAAAAGCUAACCCUGCUGAUCUUUGUCCAUCUCUUGCCUCCUCCUCUCCCUGAUUUUUCUUCUAAGCAACCUACCGAAUACUUCGACAUGGGGAUUUUCUUGGCCUUUUUCGUGGUGGUCUCUCUCGUGUGCCUUGUUCUUCUGGUCAAGAUCAAACUGAAGCAGCGCCGGAGCCAGGUAAGUAAGAGCUGCCUGGGCCUCUAGCCGUGUGUUGUUGGGAAGGUGAAUCACUUCCUCUGGAGAAGAGGGGCUGCUCUGGAAAGGUGGCAGCAGGCAGCUUCCUGGCAAGAAAUCCUUUGGCCUCCGCUGGCCUUGGGGUGUGAGGGGCCUUCUGGGCAGACCUGCCCUACUGCUGCCUCUGGCUUUGUGAGGUGGGCCUAGAGUCUGCCCUGAUUCUUGGGUGCCCAGGGCUGGCCAAUUUAAUGGGCCAGGCGGGAGUUCUUGGCUUCCUCCUUGCCAUGACCACCAGCAGCCAUUUCAACAAAGCCCGAAGCACCAGUCCUGUCCUGAUGGAGGCUCCUGCAGUGGGAAAGCAGGCUGCAAAGAGACAAAAAGAACUGGAGAAGGUGAGGGAUUUAAAAGGGAAGAGGGGAAAAGGCACCUUCUGGAGGGAGCGGAUAGAAACAUGCAGGGUUGCUCAAGAUCCCUGGGGUAAACAGUCUCUGGGUGAAAAGAAAAGUGGCUCCUCUUCUGGCUUGGGAACAGAAGGCGGCCUCAAAGGAUCACCUCUGCUUUCGUUUGGCUCGUCAAUGUAGUUUGGAAAUGUCCUAGGUUAUGUUUUGGGAGUUGGUUUAAUUAGCACAGGCAGGUUUAUGGCAUUGUUGGCAAAUGCAUUUGUAGUAAUUUCAAAGCCUUCCUGACGUGCUAAUGUUGAUUGCUUUUGCUCUUGCAUUUCCUGGAGGGUCCCAUUGGCAGCCAUGCCUGAGUUGCUGGCAGGGACAGCCUCAUGGCAUGUGGAGCCUCAGUGAGUGCCAGUCAGUGCCAUCCUAAAUGUGGAGGGAGGGAGGGAGGGAGGGAGGCUUGCCCCAAGUGCAAAUGCAACCAGUGGGGGCUCACGGUGCCGGGAGGGGUGUUGCCCAGAUCCUCCAUGCUUCAGGAUGGGCUCUCUGCAGGCAACAGGCCUUGCAUUGCACUACUUUGAGGUGGGGAACAGCUCCAGCCCCCCCCCCCCGAUGUUGGCCUCAGAUCCCCAUUGUCUCUGGUCGUUGGCCAUAUGAGCUGCUGCUGAGGGGACCUGGGGCUCAGCAGCGUGAGAUUAGUUGCGAUGGCCCUUGGGGGGUGCCUUCCAUCUGUACCAUUCUGUGAUUCCGUUAACAUCUGGAGGAAGUCCAUACUGUGGCCCGGUGGAAAGGAGGAGAUAGGUCCAUUCCCACCCCCUUCACGGCAUGUGUCAUGCCUGGGGAGACCCCCAGCCAUUGCUUUAUCCCUGGGCCUGACCCUGGCGCUGAUGCAGGGGUUGAGCGAACAGGGGCUGCCACUGUGGGGCUGCCCCGCUUCUGCUUCCCAGGAAUGCCCUUGUCUUUCUCCUCUUGCAGAAUUCCAUGAACAGGCUUGCUGUGCAGGCCCUUGAGAAGAUGGAGACACGGAAGUUCAAGUCUAAGCUGAAAGGGCCCAGCGAAGGCAGCUGCGGUGCCCUGGACACGCUGAGCAGCAGCUCCACCUCUGACUGCGCCAUUUGCCUCGAGAAGUACCUGGAUGGGGAGGUGAGAAAGAGAGCAGGUGGCCUUUCUUUGCCAUAGAAAAAGCACACGUUCUACUCAUGCGAAAACACCAGGCAGGCCCCACAAAUAACCCAGGGGUGCAUUUAAAAUAAAAGGACACAUUCUACUUAUGUAAAAACACGCUGAUUCCCGGACCGUACGUGGGCCAGAUCGAGAAGGCGAUUGGGCCGGAUCCGGCCCCCGGGCCUUAGUUUGCCUACCCCUGAUCUAGGGUGUUAACACUUUCUGUGCUGCUUUUCAUCAGAAGCUUCUAGCAAGGCAGCUGGCCUCCCUGUUGCUGUUGGUGGGUGUCUUGAGUGUGCUGUGACAAGAGAGCCUCUGGCAUCUGCUUGCAACACAAGAGUCUUCCUGGCUGCAUGGUGGAGGGGGGGCUUGUUCUGCAAGGAAAAGGGGCUCUGGGCCCUAUUCAUGCCAUUUGCUGCCCUUUGAGGGGGCACCUGGCUGAGCAUCUCCCUGUCACCUGAGCUUGCCAGGACGUGUGCCUGGUCCUGGUUUGAGAAGCCGCAUCCAGCCCAAUCUCUGAGCUGCUCUGAAUGAGCCAGAAGCCAGCUAGACAAAGGCCCCAUCCAUGGCUGCUUCCACCCCUUCAGCUCCCGUUUGCUUCCACAGGAGCUGCGUGUCAUUCCCUGCGCUCAUCGGUUCCACAGGAAGUGUGUGGACCCGUGGCUUUUGCAGCACCACACCUGCCCGCAUUGCCGCCACAACAUCAUUGGUGAGUCCAGGCACUUGCCGUGUUCUGUAGCACUGCACGUGUCCCAGGGGAAGAGGAAGAUGAGGUCCAUUCCUGCCCACCAAGGGAGAUGGCUCUUGCUUUCAUCUCCAUGGAAGGCUCAAUGGACAAAUACUUGGGAGUAGAGCUGGAACGGGAGGGGAAAUGCACCUUCCAGCAUGGUAGGACAUCUUUGUUGAAGUCUCCCCCCCCCCCCCGGAGUUCUUUGGGUGGUCUGUAGGGGCGUCUGAUGGACAGAUGCCCCGUGCCCUUGCUGCAAGAGCCUUCUCUGACUCGUCUUUCAUCUUUCUGCACAGAGCAAAAGAAGGGUGCCACUGGCCAGGUGUGCGACGACCUUGCCAAUCAGAUGCGCAGCCGUCAGCACCAGCAGCGCAUGAUCCUGCCCGUCCAUUACCCGGGCCGAGUGCACAGAGCCAGCCAGGUCACCACUUACCCCACACGAACCAGCAUGGACCCCCAUGGGAACCCUAUUACCGUCCUGACAGUGGACCGGCACGGGGAGGCCCCGGCCUUCCUCCGGAGCUACCAGCCCAUCCACUUGGACCAUGCUCUGAACGCGCACCAGUGCGGGGUGGAGCACAGGGCCUACCCAGCCAUUCACACCUUCCGAAGGCCCAAGUUCAGCAGCCACCACUUCUCCAAGCCGGCUUGCUUCUCCCAGUACGAGACCAUGUUCCAGCACUACUAUUUCCAAGGCCUUAGCUACCCAGAGCAGAAUGGACAGCUGCCCCUGGGCGUCGCUGCCAAGGGCCCCUCACGUGCCUUCCAGCCUGUGGGCGGUGGGGGCGGCAGCAGCAGGCUCUUUGCCCCUGUGGUCCACGUUGCGCCUUCCUCCCGCCUGGAGAGCGGCAGCACCUCCAGUUUCAGCUGCUACCACGGCCACCGCUCCGUCUGCAGCGGCUACCUGGCCGACGGCCCUGGGAGCGACAGCAGCAGCAGCAGCGGCUCCAGCUCGGGCCCCUGCCAUUGCUCCUCCAGCGACUCCAUGGUGGACUGCACCGAGGUCAGCAACCAGGGAGUCUAUGGGAGCUGCUCCACCUUCCGCAGCUCCCUGAGCAGUGACUACGACCCGUACAUCUACCGCAGCAAAAGUCCCUGUCGGGGGGGCGAGGUGGGUGGGGCAAGCAGAGGGACCGUGGUUCUUCUGGAAGGGCCCCCUGCUCCAAAUGUGGUGGACGGCGACUGCCUGCCUGUGCUGGCCACUUCCGCAGGGGACCAGCUCUCCAACUGCAGCCUGGAGAUGAACUACAGCAGCAACUCCUCGCUAGAGCACCGGGAGCCUCCAGGCACCAUCCCCGAGGGGGGAGGGCUAGAGGGCCUGGCGGGGGGAGCCAGCCGGACCUGCAGAGGACUCCGGGAGCCAGCUUGUGCCUGCUGCUUUGAGGCCCCUCCUGCACCCCGGGAGUCGCUGGGCAGGGCAGCUGAGUGCAGCAUGCUGCUUCUUGGGCCGCCUCUUUGGGCAGGGUGUGGCUCUGGGCGAGAGCCGCAGGCAGGAAGAAGCCAAGAUCUGUACAGUAUUAGGACAGAGGGGGGGACGUGCGAGGCUGUGCCCUGUUGCUUCUAUGAAGAGAAGCAGGUGGCCAGCAACAGCUGCCUGACUCAGCCUGGCUGCUAUGCCGCCCAGGACUAUGCUGUCAAUGUGCAGUACACGCCAUGCCCAGAGGACUCCUCUGCCUUGCCAGGCUGCUACGUGGGGGGAUGUGACCUGGGUCAGCGCAUCUCCAUAAUUCCCGAGGACCGGGACUGUGAGCUGCCCCUGCCUCACACGGAUUGCCACGGAGGCAGCAGCCGCUCUUGGGAGGAGCCACGUGGAACAGCAGCCGCAAACCAACUCUGCCUGGGUCCAGGGGAGGCCCACAGAGAGCUGUUGCAGGAUCAGCCGGGGGACUUACUGCAAGGGGAAGCCCUGGGGCUCUUUCCCAGCCCCCUCCUGAGCUGUCCUGAGGCAGCUGUGGCGGCGGCGGCAGCAGCAGGAGGCACCCAGAUGGUGGGUAAGUCAGCAGCUCCAGCAGGUGUGCAGGAAAGGUGUUGUAGGUGGGACACCAGCUCUUCAAUCUGCAUAGAUGCUUCAUGAGGGAUGGCGAACUCUGAAAUGUGUUCCUGCUGGAUGUCGGGCAGAGCAGCCUGUCAGGCUCUUACCUGGCCCUGCUGGGAGUGUGCUGGCUGUGGGGGGGUGGGGGGGGGGUGUCACUUUGACACCUGCCUUUGUGCAUGCAGGAGCACAGAACCCAUGGCAAGGUCCCAAGCAGAAAGAAGGAACGGACGCUACUGCACAGGGUGUGGGGCUUCCAGGGAAGCAGAUUUGGCUAAACUGUGGGUUGCUACAUUUCAGCUGCUUGUAGUUGCUGUGGAAGCCCUCCCCUCUGGCUGCCUACUUGAGGCACUUCCUUUGUCUUUUCAGGCUGUGAUCCUCCAGGCCCAGGCCAGGUUGGUGACUAAUGAGAGCAGGAGCCUGUCUUUGUGCCUCGCGAUCUCUGCUGGACUUCAAAAUUGUCUUUAGCUUUUGCUCACCCAUUGAAGUGGUCAACUGGAGACGGCACCUUCCGCAGUGUGCACUGCAGCCUCUAUGCCACAAAGUGUUUGUAACAAGCCACCGUGCCACUUCUGCCACCUCCUGCAGCUGGGCAGGAGCCCAGAGAGGGCCCUCAAGCCCCACUGCCUGCAGAGAUCAUCUGGGCCUGCCUUAGAAAGCAAACGGCACCUUGAAGCAAAAGAAGUCCAAAGGAGCGGCAGCAAUGAGGGUGGCUGCGAGGGGGCAGGGAAAGCAGGCUGGCUGCGGAGUGCCCCUUCCUCCUCACAGCCAGUCCAGCACCAGUCAAGGAGUUGGGGGCAGCAGUCAGGAGCGUUCUGGAGCAUAGCAUCUUCCAGGAUAGCUUCACCUGCCCCCAGAAGAUGAGGGGUCGGGGGACCAAUGAAUGUUUCCAAGGAGCACACCUGCCGCAGUAAUCUCAGGGGCUCUGCUGAAACAGGAAAGGGCUUUGGGGGAUGAUGUGGGAGCCUGGUGCUGCUCUUCCUAGGGGUGUGUUGGUUAAGGCUGGACCUAAGCCCUGCCUUGUGUCCGCUGCUGCAGAGAUGGUUGCUGCCACUGCUCUGAGGCCCGUGCCUUGUGCCUGCCUGCGCUCAUGCCCCGGCAGGCAGAGAUCCCUCCCUCUUUUUCUGUUGAUGCAUGUUGUCACUUGCUUCCAAUUGUUAAUCGUUUCCUGUGGAAACAAUGGCUUCUGUCUCCCAUAGGCAUGAUUCCAAAGGGCACCUGGUCUGCGUGGGCAGGACCUCAGGGAAUGCCACUGUUUGGGGUCUGUGGAUGCAUGCUGUAUGUGGGCUGCUUCUAUCUUCUCUGUGAUGUCUGUGAUGGACAUUUUGCUAAACUGUGUCCAAAAUGUGGAUUGUGGGAGGAAGGUGUUUAAUGUUUUCUUAAUGGAAUGUGCCUAGAACUCUCUCCCUGCCCCAGCCUCAGUUUAAUUUACUAAAACCAAUGGCACUGUGUGAUUCAGAAAGGUACCUAACCUCUCCAUUUGUGCCCAGCUCAUGAAAAUAAAAAGAAAGCUUGAAUAGUAUAAAUUUCAAAGAGCUCUUAACCUGUUCUAGGUUAAACGAACAGACCCUAGUGUUUUACCCGUCAGUAAUUAUUAACUCAGCAUUGUACACAUUCACCAAGUGAAGUUCCCUGGUGAGCUGCAGUCCCUCUCAGCCAUGUGUUUGUGUGUGCAAGGGGAGCACAGGGAAGGAAAAUGGGUUCUGUUUUGAUUUCUGCAUAUGAGAUCAAAGCCAAGGUGAGGGCCUGGCCCAUGGGCCUCCUCGCCUCGUGCUCUUAUGAUCUCUGUGCUGUGACGUAGGCGGGAUCUGCAACCACACAGCAGCAUUCCAGAAGGUUCUGGAGCUUAGAAGAGCUUGCAGCCCUGUUCCAGAGUGAGGGGACCCCUGUGCCGGCUGACUUCCUCAAGUCAGGGGCCUCCACUUUCUCCUCAGUUUCUUUUCAAGCAACUCUCUCCCUCCCUCCCUCUCUCUCUACAAAUAUUUAUCCUCAAAAUAUAUUUCAUUUCACUUUAUUUCCUGUCGUUGAAUAUAUGUGUGUCAUCCAAAGCGAGAAAGGAGAGAAGGAACUGAAUUUGGAAACUUUCCUUUUUGAGUACCUCAGUUUCUAUCUGCUUUCAUAGAAUUAUAGAGUUGGAAAGGACCCUCAGGGUCAUCUAGUCCAACCCCCUUGCAAUGCAGGAAUCCUUACUUUUGCCUUCAUUUUUUAAUGUCCAAAAUUGUGGCUUCUGCACCUUACAGGGUGCCACUUUCAAGUGGGAACACCCCCUGUGCCUGACAGAAAUGUGCUCCGCUGAGGUCCAUCUCAGGAAGGUUUUUCAGAAGGGAACAUGGCGCUCAGGCUGAACCCUGUUGUGGCCCAUGCCCAGCCAGUUCUCUAUGUUGGAUGACCAUCUUGCUGAAGGCUGUUUCCUCAACUCCUGUUUGUAUCCCAUCCAAGUGCUGCCAGGUUUGUCAAUCCCCAAGUUUUGUGAUGAUACCGACUGGGGCCAACAGUGUUUGAGCUCAAAAUGGCACAAGGCUGAUAGCAAGAGCUGUCAUAUCCCCAAAACUGCACAAUGAUCGGUUCCAACCUCUGUUUUUGCCUCUGCAGUCGGCCCAGCAAUCUGGUUUUUGGAUGCUCAGACACUUCCAUUCACAACUAGUGCUUUGGGCAGCCUACGAGCCAGUGUGUCAUCAUUUCCAGUGAUGACUGAGACUUCCAUAUCCACGAUGACUCCACAGUUCACCCUCCUCAGCUUGGUGCUGAAACACGUGUGCAGCCAGCCUCACACUCUGAUCAACCCUCAGUAACGAGCAUCCUCAGUACAGACAAUCUUGAUACCUAGGACACUCUGGUUUCCUCUUUGUACUUGAGGCAUGUGGUUUAAAUGCAGGCACCUUCUUGUCUCUCUGAAUGGAUGAUAAUGGAGUCCUGCCAUUUCAUCCAAGUCUUCAUACCAGGCAGAGAUACAGAUUUAUUCCCACUACAGGUUGCUUGUGGUCUUGGUAUACUAACCCCCUGGGUGCCUGGACACACAGACUUUGUGUCCAGCACAUGCAGAAUAGAUGCUUUAACACAAAGGACAUUGUCUGGAUCUUGUACCUUUAUAGAUGGCAUCUCAGUGCAUACUAGGAACCAUACAGAUGCAUCUUGCAUAAGGGCAGGUUGUAGCCUAGAUGCAUAUCUAGCAAACAUUACUAGUUUGUGGGAAUGAUCUAGCCUGGGCCUUGGAGCCCAGCACACCCGUGUAGAUAAUCUUGUGGACUUCUGCAAACAGCAGAAGAUCUGGUCCCUGCUCUAGAACUUAAAUGAAUUCUGCAGUCUUGGUACCUUGGGUCAUUUCUGAAUGAUUAAUAUCUAUGAAAUGGGAGAAGAGGUGAAUUCAUUUCACUAUGUUAAAGUUUGUGGGUCGUUAAUCCUUUGACCCACUGAGUCUGCUGCAACGGCCCUGCAAUAAAUUUGAUUUAUUGCCACUACGACAAACUCCAGUGGCACCCACACGCUUCCACUCGCACGCGGCCACUCCUCAGUUGCCGGAUAAUAGCAGAGUUCAUUCGCAGUGUAAAAUGGCUUGUCUGUGUCGAUGUGGUGUCUUCGAUAACUCAGCUCGACACCAGUGCUUCUAUUCCAACACUAUUUAGAAGCAUAACAAACAGAAAAGAAAAACCUGCAGAAUCUAGCUGCAUGCUUGCAGCUUCUGCCUCUAACAAAAACGAAACUACCUUGCUCACGUUCUCAGACAGACUGCUCUCCAGAGAGAGCUCAGCCCCCACAGAGCACAGAUCAAAGGAAAAUGCCUGAGUCAUGUGGGCAAUGCACCCAGUUGAUAAGAACGCUCCUGGAGUGUUAACUCUUAACUGUCCAGAACCAUAACACACUACCCAGCCGGCAGCUUAGUACCAGAAGUUUUAACAGUCUGCAUGCUAAUGAUGUGCUGGGUGUCAGCAUCUGAUGCCAAACUCUAGCCUCCAUUUUUCACACUUCCCUUUGUUUGCUAGCAAUGCUCAGGCACUGCCUCUGAUCCUUAGCAGUCAUUGGGUAGAUCCAUUUUGAGUGCCUUCUACUACCCUUAAACAGGUUCAGUGGUUGUUACCCACUUUUCUGUCUUGCACUGAUUUAUGUCACUAGCACUUUCUUAGAAUCUUGUCCAUGAGGUCUGACAAUCUGGCAUCUGUCUUCUAGCAGUGUUUCAGCUCCCAAGCUAUGAAGGAUACACAGAAUUAAGGCUCAAAGCACCAGACAACGAACAGAUCUUGUUUAUGUUUAAGCCCUUCCUGAGCAUGUUUAAGCCCUUCCAGGCUUGUUUGGACCACAGGCCAAUUUCCAAUCCUCCAGAGCCUGGGAGUUGAUUACUUUUUGCUCUUCAUCUAGUCCAACCUCCUGCAAUGCAGGAAUGUUUUGCCUAAUGUGGGCCUCUAACACAUGACCAUGAGAUUAAGUCUCUCAUGUUCUACCGGUAAUUGAGAUGUGCUUUUCUGUGGGGGAAGUCUACAUUGGCAACUUUAGGUAACUGAAAGCUAACCCUCAUCGGACAAAAGGCACGCUACAAAGUCCAGUGAGCUUGCCUGCCCCACUUGAGCAAUGAUUAGUUGGUCUGAUGUCUUGCCUUGGUGUUUAUCGAGAGUGGCCUUUUCCUUUCUGGAACAUUCUAUGUUGAUCCUCAUUUCAGAUCAAUCUUCAGGACUCACUCCAGAAUCCGACCUUCUCUUUAUACUUGGGUACUGAUUGAUGGCAAUACCUAGUGUCUGUGGAGCCUCUCCCUAAGGGCCCCAUCGCCUGACUUGCGUGACAGGGGCAUCAUCUCCUCUCAGGAUGCCUGCCUACAGAUAUGAUGUGCCCUUCACAGGACGCACCCUCUCUGAACUCACCCCUGAGACUAGGCCGCAGAACCAGCCAAGUUUCAUUCCGGGAGGAACCAGAACUCUUUGGAGUGGCCAUCUAUGCACCUCUGCACCCACUUUCCUUCCCUGUUGAAUGAAGGCCAGGCUCUUAUAUCGGGGCUGUGGCUUGCUCCAAGGAAUGGCAGGAGAGGCUGGAGGUGUGCAGUGGCCAUGGAGCUUCCCUGCUUGAGAGCAGGGGCUGCAAGCUCUCCUAAGCCCUUCCCAAAUGCUUUUUGCACAGGUGAAGAUCCCACCUGUGUGUGACAAUGCAGGGAACCGCUCAGAAAGUGGCAACAGGUAAGCACCCUGGUUAUGGGGCGCUUGUGGCCUCCUGCUGAUGUUGUUGGGUCUCCUGCUUCUUCCAUCAUCCCCAGCCAGGACAGCCAGAGGUCAGGGACGAGGAGAGGGUGUAAUCCCAACAGCAGGUUUCCCAGCCCUGAGCUCAGUCUCAGGAUCAGAAGGCAGGAACAGGCUCCUCUGUGGAGUUUGCGUGCCUUGGACACUUUGCAGUUGGACCUGAAGAGCUGGGUUAGAAAGUCUCUCUCCUCGCUUGCUCCUCACCCCCAGUAACAAGGGUGCUUCCAGUUUCUGGCUGCUGCGUGUCUUCAUUUCCUCGUCCUAGAGCUUCAUGACAAAGGUUUUGUAAUGGUCAGUACAAUAGAUGUUUUUAAUCCAAAAUGCCUUCCAAUUUAAUUAAUUGUUGCCAUUUUGAUGGGCUCAUGAGGCA